CACUGCCCCCCAGCGCCCACCUCCAGCAGGCACCCCUCCCCCACGCAGGCUCCGCACGCCUCCUGGAGCAGGGCAAGGCGGCCCUCCCUCCCCAGUGCGUGCCGUGCGGCCGCUGGAGGUAAUGCAGACCGCCGCGGGCUCCGGGCCUAGCGCUGUGUGAUGAGUGGCAGGUAAGGCCGGGGCACGAAACCUCCUCGCUGCCCUGCAAUGGGGGCACCCUGCACGGUAUUAGGGGGGCUGCACUCAGGAUGGCCGGGGAGGGGGGACCUUGCUAUUCCAUCACUAGAUCAUUACCCGGCCGGCUUGGCUGCACUGUGUUCUGCAUGCUAGAGGGGAUCGUUCUGCACGCUGUGCUCCCCGCUGCUGACCUCCACGUUACGGCUGCAGCCAGCCCAGGGUUCUAUGUUCUGUUCCAUUCUCAUUAUUGCUAUUUUGUAUCCAUUGCACGGUUACAUUCCAUGGACGGAGCAGCCUUUUCAUUGCAUGUACUGCUAGGAGACGCAUGUGGAUUAAUAUUAUUAUUGCUGUGUUUGUAUGGAGUUUCCUGAAAGGGGGUGCACAUUCAGGGACAAAGCCGGCAGAUCUGUUUAACUCUUGUCUUGCUGGACCAAGGAUUUAGCAAACUUAAUAUUAAUACCCUGCAGAAUUGGAGAUGUUGGGGUACAAGUAGAUCAGACUAUAUUAUGCCGUGUUCUAUAUUGCUCCCCCCCUCCAUGGUAUGAUUUGGGGGAGGGAUCCCAGACGCUUUUUUUUUUUCCUCUCUCUUUUUGCUUUGAGUCCCCGGUUAAUUAACAAAUACUUCUUUCCCACUGUGUGCUCCACUGCCGGGGAAGGAUUGAGCACCACUGUCUCUGCACCGGAAAAGCCAGACAUUGCCUACAGUGUAGGCCUCUGCCUGCUGCAAGAGGCUGCCAUUUUGGCCAGGGAACAUGAUUUCACUCAAGUCCGUGUUUUGUGGCCAUUUAAUCGUGCCUAUUUUUAUUUAUUUUGAACUAAACUAUGAGAUAUGCAGAAUUCCUUUGUGGACUGGCAGAAGAGUAUCUUGUUUGUUUGGACUCUUUCUUGGCAUUCUGUCUAGUGCUUAAAUAUGUCAUUGUUUUUAUUACAAGGGUUAACAAAUCAGAGUAAUGUCCCUAAUGUCAUGGUUAAAAUAUUUAACUUGUAUUCUUUUGAAUUGGUUUUAAACUUAUUCUUGUGUCCAUUUUGCCAGGUUUAUGCCUCCACAGGAUGGAUGAAGCCUGUGAUCUAGACAGGCUGUCUAAUGCCCCAGUGUAUUUCAACUCCUUGGACCUGAAUGUCCAGAACAAAUGUCCCGUGGGUGACAGGAGUGUCUUGGAUCCACCAAAUGGGUGCAGUGUGCCACUAGCCUCACCCCUGCAGAGCUGCACAUCAGGUUAUGGGCAAGAUCCCUCCUCCCACUACAUUCCUCUUCGAAAAUUACAGGAUCUUGCCUCUAUGAUAAGCAUGGAUGGUAUUAAUGGAUCCCAAGACACAGAGGGAAACAGAUCAGAAGGAAAUCCUCCACCUUUUUAUUAUAGUCAAGGUGAGCCAGCAAUGCAUCUCACCGGACAACAAUCUGCACAUCGCUAUCUUCCAGAACCUCCUGUAAAGUUGCCUAAAAAUGUAAGAAAUGGAAUGCACUCUUUUGAUCAGUUUUGCCACCUGGGAAUGGAGGAGGUAGAAUAUGGUAUGGAACAUUUAAACUAUGAUCUAGAUGGACCUGGUUUUGGGAUGGACUUGCCUGUUUAUGGACAACAACCCUCUGUGGUAGAUAAUAUGCAUAUAGAAGAAACAAGAUCCAAACUUAACACUGCAUCUGACUUUGUGUCAGACUUGGGCAAUUUGGUUCCUCUGAAUUGGGGUGAUGAUGGUGACAGUACAGUAGGCAACAGAAGUAUUGAAACAAAAACAUCCUUUUUAGCAAUGAUCCAGGAUCCAGAAAUACCGAAUAGCUCGCACAUUCACAACUCUUCUAUUAGCAUUCUGGAAAGAGCUCCAUCACUCAGUAGUGUUUCACAAGUGGAUAACAGAUUAAGUGGUCAUCGUACUCUCAACUUGGUACACAAAGAGGAAGAAUCAGUGUCGGCGGAUGAGGAUCUGGUAAAUAUGGAAGCAGAUGCUGGAGGGCCCCCUGAUGCAUCACAAUUACCUCGUGUAAGCAAAGCAAAUAUUGGGUACAUGGGGAAAGAGAAAUGUUUCACUUAUUUACUCUCAAAGCUGGUUUACAAUCUGGCUUAAUAGAUGAAUUUGGGUGUUAUCCCAUUGAAUGAGUGUUUCUCUAUUUCUGAAUUGCCAACAGACCUUAAGGGAUUCUGUCAUAGAGAUACAUUAAAGAAACACUCUAAUGCUAAAAAUAAUUGCCAUUAUUUUGAGUGGUAGAGUGUUUCUAUUGUUUGGUCUACAGCACCCCCCACCCUCGUUUUGUGUUUAGAAUAUAUAUUCUCUGUACUGCUGCUCCUGCACCAAUGAAGUUAUCAGUCAUGAAGACUUUUUUUUUUUUUUUUCUAUCUAAUGCAUUAAAUUCAUAAGGAAGCGCUGGAGGCAUGAUGCCACAGACCUUUUGAUUUUUCAAGUCUUCAGUGAGGAUGAGCCUUUGGUGGUUGUCAGGCUGACAUUCAUUAGAGUGUGGUUGUGGACAAAUGUAAACAUUAGACUUUACAGGCCAUAACAGGCCUUCACCAUAGGAAAGCAUUAGAUAAAUGCUUUCCUAUAGGGUUGCGCAAGAAGCUUGGUGUCCGUCCAGCGUCUUUUCGCAGUUAAAUUCCGUGAAACAGAAGGAUGAGCAUGAAUACAUUGCAGUUUCUCUAAAGUUACAAGGACAGUAACCCAGGCAGCUUCAAUGAGAUUAAGUGGUCAGGGUUCCUAUAGAAUCCUUUUUAAUUUAAGAUUGCUCAUUUAAUUUUCGGUGCGGAGGUUCCUCCACUGCAGUAGCCUGCUCUGCCUCUGAAGUAGUCAGCAUGCCUACUGAUUUCUUCUCCAAUCUUGAGAAACAUUGGAUUGGAGACAUCAUACAAGGCGAAAAGCAGUGCUCCUCCAAUAAAAUUCUGCUAUGAGCAGUAUUUGAUUGCAGGACUGAGUUUGACUCGCUAUUCUGGAGGAGGAUGUGUCUCUAUUGGCUGUCUUGAAGACGUCCAUUAGAUGUCUAUUUAGCCCUUCAGUGUGAACAUUGAAUGGUUAACGUGACAGCACCACUGCAAUGAGACCACUUCAUUCAUAUGAAAUGGUCUGGGUGACUUUUGAGGUCCUUUUAAAGUGGUUGGUAUUUUAAUCCCUAGCUCAAGGAUUUCUUAAAAAGUUAAAUUAUGUAAUGUACCACAUUAGGAUGACUUGUACUGGUAGCUACCGUAUAUACUCGUGUAUAAGUCGAUCUCAUGUAUAAGUCGAGUGCAGUUUUGUGACCAACAAUUGUGAAAUAUGCUAUGCCUCGUGGAUAAGUCGAGGGUAAAACUUGGGGCUAUGAAAUUCUGUGAUUUUUAUAAUUAUAUACACACACACUCAUACAAACACACACUCUGCAUUAUAUACACACACACUCAUACAAACACACACUCUGCAUUAUAUACACACACUCUGUGUAUAUAAUGCAGAGUGUGUGUUUGUGUAGUGUGUGUAAACUGGGUGGGGGGAGGGCAUUUUUAUAAUUUUUUUAUUUUUAUUUUUGGCCCCCCCCCCCUAUGCUUGUUAACUUGCUAUCUUAAUCCCUGGUGGUCCAGUGGCAUGGGCUGUGAAGUGGGGGGGCCGGCAGGAAGCAUUUACUUACCUUUCCUGCAGCUCCCUUCUCCUCCGUUCCGGUCAGCUCCACUGUAAGUCUCGCGGUCUGGUUGCCGCGCGGAUCGUUGCCAUGGCUCUGACGGCCGCGGCUCUCUAAGUUGCCAUAAUACAGCCAGUGACUCGAGUAUAAGUCGAGUGGGGGUUUUUAAGCACAAAAAAUGUGCUGAAAAACUAGACUUAUACUCGAGUAUAUACUGUAUGUAAUAUCUUGUCAAAUUUCAGCAUCAAAUCAAUGUCUUUAACGUCCUAUCACUUUUGGGGUCUUCGCAUAUUUUGCAAAAAACCCCACCCUGCAAAAUGACAUGACUACUUGAUGCACAUAAGUCCAAGCAGAAGCUAAAGGGAGAUAUAAUUUUUUUCCCUACUCCUACACAUUAUUAUUAUUUUAAUUCAUACUUUAGAGAAAUUUUAAGUCGGAAAAUCAAUAUGAUACUCUAAAUUGAAACAUAACCCGUUGGUAUAAAUUAAAUGGACAUUAUAAUUACCAGAGCAACUACAGCUUAAUGUAGUUGUUCUGGUAACUAUAGUCAGACCCUGCAAGCUUUGUGCUGUAAACACAGACAAAAGGCAGUGUUUACAUUGCUCCCAAGGGAAACCUUCAGUGGCCACUCCUCAGAUGGCCUCUAGAGGUGCUUCCUGGGGCAGUACUUCAACGUGUGCAGCACUGACUUUCAGCGUCUCUAGGCUCUGCAUGGAGACGCUGAACUUUCCACUUAUAGAUGAAUUGAUUCAAUGUAUCUCUGAGGAGAUGUUGAUUGUCAAGGAGGCGGGGUGGGGCCAAACUCCACACUGGCCAAUCUCAGCCAGUCUAAAGCUUUUCCUUUGGGAAAGCAUUGUAUUGGCUUCUGAUUUUGUCAGCCAAGGAGGCGGAUCGGAGGCAGACACGCACGACUCUGGAAAUAAGGGAAGGUUUCUUACCUUUUAAGGAGUGCAAAGGGGGACAAGCUGCCAAAAUGAUGGUUUUAACACUAUAGGGUCGGUAAUUCAUGUUUGUGUUCCUGUCCCUUCAGUGUUCUUUUCAAAGGGACACUCCAGUGCCAGGAAACCAGUCAGUUUUCCUGGCACUGCAGGUCCCCUCCCACCUCCCAUCCCUCGGUGGUGGUUUCGGGUUGCCGCCGCUCCUCCCCUUCCUUAUGUCAGCCGGUCGGCGAGACUGGGCCUGCCGGGGAGUCCUAAUGCACAUGCGCGGCAAUGCCGCGCAUGCGCAUUAGAGCUCUCCAUAGGAAAGCAUUGAAAAUACUUUUCAAUGCUUUCCUACUGGGAAUUGAGCAACGCUGGAGGUCCUCACACAACGUGAGGACGUCCAGCGACGCUCUUGCACAGAAAACCUGUGCAAUAGACACGGAAGUGCCCUCUAGUGGCUGUCUAGUAGACAGCUACUAGAGGAGGAGUUAACCCUGCAAGGUAAUUUAUUGCAGUUUAUAAAAACUGCAAUAAUUACACUUGCAGGGUUAAGGGUAGUGGGAGUUGGCAUCCAGACCACUCCAAUGGGCAGAAGUGGCCUGGGUGCCUGGAGUGUCCCUUUAAAUGUGUCAAUAUAUAAAAUGCAAAAUACCCUGCUUAAAUGGAUUUUGCUUGCAGUUUUGGGAAUGCAGCUUUCUAAAAUUGUUAGCAGAAUGUAGAAAUGUUCACAUACAGUAGGACCAAUUACAGGGCUAACAGCAAGCAUGUGUACAAAACAAGGCAUUCCAGGAUGCUAUUAAAGCCAACAAAGUAUCCCAGUAGUAUGCUCAGAGCACCAGAAAGUCUACCACAAUGCAGACAUUUGACUUAUAAAGGCUGCUGUGCGAUAUGGGAGGAUGGCUGGCGCGACACUUUAUAUAAUGACUUAUGCAUUUUAUUUAUUUUAUUUUUAAAAAGCCACUAAAUUAUUGUAUGUUUUUACUUCUUUAAUAGAAACGAAGUUUAAAAGCUCAAUGUGGAUAAAAUGUCACCUACUGUUUGACAAUUACAUAUUUACUGCACACACACAAAAAUAGAGCAUACAUUCUUUCAUGGAUAUGUUGGCAAACAAAUUUGGGAAUUUAGUCACACCAUAUGGUCAUACCUUGUUUAGGGGAACACUAACUGUGAAUGCAAAAGUAUUCGUAACUCUAUAGUGUCUCCUCUCUAUUUAGAUUAGUUGGCCCCACCCAUAACGUAAAUAGCAUAAAAGCUAAAAAUGUAUUUACCUUUUCCCAGCUCAAAAAUUUAACACUUGGUACUAUUUCUGGUAGGCAUCGCUUCUUUGCCUUUUGUUACAACCCAAUGCAUGUCAGCGCUGUGCAUGCGUCCAAUCAAAUCCUUUUUGUGAUCUAUUUUUGGAGUGUGCCUUCCAGGCAGCCAUUAGAAAAAUGCUUAUGCAUUUAAAACAUUGCUGUAUUUAACGUCAGUGUUUUAGAUUGCAUAGCUGAUACUAUAGAGGCACUGCACCUAUAUCACUUCAUUGAGGUGAAUUAGUCUGGGUGAGUUUAAAACUUAAUGUGUAUUUGUAUAUCUUUUGCUCCUUGCAGCGGAACCAUUAUUAAGACAUGCGUAUUCUGGAUGUACCUUACAAUUCCUUUUUCUUGUUUGUUCCAUUUUGGAAGCAUUUAAUUUUUCCUGGCAUUGAUCUUCAGUGCUCACUGAUAGGUAUUUUCCGCCUCGCUUGAACAUCUAACCUGCUGUUUGACAAGACUUACAAAUAAGACCCCCUCCCCACUCCCAAGGUUAAAAGCUCACAGUGGAUAAAAUGAUAUGGACUGUUUGAGGAAUGUAAUUAUUCCAGACCCAUAUGCUGGCCUUUGACCUGGAAACAUAGAAUGUGACGUCAGAUAAGAACCAUUCGGCCCAUCUAGUCUGCCCAAUUUUUUAAAUACUUUCAUUAGUCUCUGGCCUUAUCUCGUAGUUAGAUAAAAUAGAAAGAUAAAAUAGAAAGGUGAACAGCGCUAAAAAUCAGAAAAUGUACAUACGUUUUAUAGAAAUACUGGCCAGCAGAGUAACUUAAAAAAAGAGAGAAACAAAAAUACAAAUAAUGGUACAGUAUGUAUGAACGAUAUAAUUCCACAAGAACAAAGGUGUUAUAUUCACACUCACACUUUGAGGAGCUAUAUCAGCUCGGUGUUAAGAGCCUGGACGGAAUAAUCCCCGUCUAUGGAUUUCUUGAGGUUCAAGACCGUUGGUGAAUUUAUAGGUGUAAAUAUUCGUUACAUGAAAAACAAGAGUAAAAUACACCACAUUUUUGAGAAAGCUUCGGCGAAACGCGUCAAGUGAGGAAGAAUUUUGGACUUUUAUACAGGACUGGUUUUAUAGUUUAUUAUUCACUUUUUACUUAUUGUAUUAAAGUAUAUAUAUUUUUUAAACUAUCCAGUCAUUCCUUUUGUCCUCCUUCCUAUCCAAUACUGCUUUGCUGCUAUACCUGGGUCCACUAUAUCCCAAGGUGGGGAUUAUUCCACCUGAAAUUCUCCAAACUAGAGCAGGUCGUUGCUCUAGUAUAUGUAAGUAGGAUCAUCCACUUUUUUUUUCACAAUAUUUUAUAUUUACGUACUAUACCAUGUGGUGUAUUUUACUCUUGUUUUUCAUGUAACGAAUAUUUACACCUAUAAAUUCACCAACGGUCUUGAACCUCAAGAAAUCCAUAGACGGGGAUUAUUCCGUCCAGGCUCUUAACACCGAGCUGAUAUAGCUCCUCAAAGUGUGAGUGUGAAUAUAACACCUUUGUUCUUGUGGAAUUAUAUCGUUCAUACAUACUGUACCAUUAUUUGUAUUUUUGUUUCUCUUUUUUUUAAGUUACUCUGCUGGCCAGUAUUUCUACAAAACGUAUGUACAUUUUCUGAUUUUUAGCGCUGUUCACCUUUCUAUUUUAUCUGUCCAUUUAUCACAAGGUAGAGGAACACCUUGUUGGUGAACUGCAGCUCACCCCUGAGAAGAGAGCGCUUAUUAUUCUUUUGCAUUAUCUCGUAGUUAAGCUAGCCUUAUGCCUUUCCUACACAUACUUAAAUUCCUUCACUGUGUUAACCUCUACCACUUCAGCUGGAAGGCUAUUCCAUGCAUCCACUACCCUCUCAGUAAAGUCAUACUUCCUGAUAUUAUUUUUAAACCUUUGCCCCUCUAACUUAAGACUAUGUCCUCUUGUUGUGGUAGUUUUUCUUCUUUUAAAUAUAGUCUUCUCCUUUACUGUAUUGAUUCCCUUUAUGUAUUUAAAUGUUUCUAUCAUAUCCCCCCUGUCUCGUCUUUCCUCCAAGCAAUACAUAUUAAGAUCCUUUAACCUUUCCUGGUAAGUUUUAUCCUGCAAUCCAUGAACCAGUUUAGCAGCCCUUCUCUGAACUCUCUCUAAAGUAUCAAUAUCCUUGUGGAGAUACGGUCUCCAGUACUGUGUACAGUGAGGUCUCGCCAGUGUUCUGUACAAUGGCAUGAGCACUUCCCUCAUUCUACUGCUAAUACCUCUCCCUAUACAACCAAUAAUUCUGUUAGCAUUUCUUGCUGCUCUAUUACAUUGUCUGCCUACCUUUAAGUCAUCAGAAAUAAUCACCCCUAAAUCCCUUUCCUCAGAUGUUAAGGUUAGGACUCUAUCAAAUAUUCUGUACUCUGCCCUUGGGUUUUUACGUCCAAGAUGCAUUAUCUUGCACUUAUCCACAUUAAAUGUCAGUUGCCACAACUCAUUGCCAUUUUUCUAGUUUACCUAAAUCAUUUGCCAUUUGGCUUAUCCCUCCUGGAACAUCAACCCUGUUACAUAUCUUAGUAUCAUCAGCAAAAAGACAUACCUUAGAAGGUCUUACCAUCAAGACCUUCUGCAAUAUCACUAAUAAAAAUAUUAAAGAGAAUGGGUCCAAGUACAGAUCCCUGAGGUACCCCAUUGGCGACAAGCCCAUGCUUCAAAUAUACUCCAUUGACUACAACCCUCUGUUGCCUGUCACUCAGCCACUGCCUUACCCAUUCAACAAUAUUGGAAUCCAAACUUAAAGAUUGCAGUUUAUAAAUAAGCCUUCUAUGUGCAACAGUGUCAAAAGCCUCACUGAAAUCUAGGUAAGCAAUGUCUACUGCACCACCCUGAUCUAUUAUUUUAAUUACAAAUCAAUAAGAUUAAUUUGGCAUGAUCUCCCUGAAGUAAAUCCAUGUUGUCUCUGAUCUUGAAAACCUGUUUCAGGAUGAUACAUGUAGGGCCAUCGAUGUGGACUAUAGUCACUCAAUGAAACUUGAUAGUGUAGUCCCCUCCUCUGAUAUCAUAACAAAACAAGGUCUCUUACUGUAGUAUCCAACACAUGUUGAUGUCAUCUCCCACCCCUUGCCUUAUCUGUGAGCAUGAGCAAUGUAAAAUUCCUUUUACCUGUAAAUAUACAAAUCCGCAACUGCAAACAGGCAUCCUAUUUCUUUGUUCGUUGUUGCCAUUUUGGAGCUUCAAUGUGUCUGUCACUUUCUUCCACAAGUCAGCUUUUACCAACUUUUUUUGGACAAAAGCACACUUGACAUUAAUUUGAAGCUUGUAAAUGUCACAUUCAUGUGAAGGCUUUAAAGAUAUGUGCAUUUUUAGGCAAACUGACUUUGUUUUAAUUGUUGGGAAUUACAUGUUUUAAUACUGAAACUGUAUUAAAAAAAAAAAAAAAACCCCCCACUAAUUUUAAGGACUACAUUAAAUCUAUAACAUCUCUGAAGCAAUGUUUGUGACACAUUAUGAAGUGGCUUGAUGCAUACCAGCGUGCAACAGUACACUGGUUGAAAACCACUGCCAUAAGAAAUGGGGAUUGUUUUAAUUUGGGUAUUAGUAUGUUAGUACGAAGUUAAAGGAUGAACAUGUUGUGUGCUACGACUUAAAUCAAAUUCAGAGGACUAUACUGUGCACUAAAACAAUUUCAUCACAAAGGAGUUAUGGUGCAAAAAGGUUCCAGGUGCUGUCACCCCUUUUAAGGGGUUAAACUGUACGUUAAUGGUUUGCAAACUUUGGCAGACGGUACUCAACACUCUGCACAUUAAUGCUGAGAGCAUCACCUUAUUAAAGAUUUGUGAUCCCUCUCCUAAAUUCCUCAACCUGUCAUGGAGGCAUGCCGGUUUUGAAGUACUAGCUGAACUGGAAUGUGCCCUGUGAAGGCAGGUAGUUGGAUGUCAGAUUUCUACCCCCUUUAAAGUUUUAAUUAUAUCGUACGACCCUGGUUUAACCCCAUGUCAUACAGCUGCUGAUAUCAGAAACUGCAAUAGGUCCAAUAAGAACUCCAUGACACCCUCUCAGGUCUACCUUUUCACUCGUUAAUGGAUAGUGAAAAUUUUGAGGCAUUGCUUAAAUUAUUUAUUUCUGGUCUUUGAGAGAGGUUUGAGAUUUUCAUAGAUUAGAUGUCAAUGGUGGUACCAGUGUGUAUCUGGCAAUACUUUUGGUUUACUUAUUUCUGUAUUCAAAUGGAUUACAAUUAUAUUGCUUUGAGAACCUGUAAGGGUACCUAUGGCUUUCUCAACUAUCGCAAUCCAUGCGUCAUUCUGGUGUCAAUUUUGAAGCAGAACACUGUCAUUCUGCGUAGGUUCUUUGUAAAACGCCCAUGCUGCACAUUACCAAUGUGCGCACACAUGUUUUCGGUGUGCCAGGAUAAUGCUGGGCUACUAGCAGGGAUCACAAGUAUGUAAACCCCUCCCAUGCUCGGAUACAGCCUCUGUUGUGGGUUUCUUGUGAUUGCAAUAGCAUGUUCAUCAUCUGUGUGCAUGUUCUGGGGUUUGACUUGACUUGUUCUUGCCCUCUGACAUGCCUGGCCUGGUUUGCCCACGCAGAAUACCUUUUUAUACUACUGUAACCUCGGCUAGUUAUUUUACAAUCCUUUCACGUUUUCCAGGCAUAAUGUUAAGUUAUAGUAAUACGCAUCUGAUCGUUAUUAUGUAUCCCUGGAUAGUACUGGGUCGGUCUCUGCACGUUGGGUACCUACAACACCUUAGAAAUAUACAGCAAAAGUAGUUCCACUCCCAGAUCAACACCAACAUUUAUUUAUAAAAUCUUUUACCAGGAUGGAUACAUUGAGAUUUAUCACGUUUUCAAGUAUGUCCUGAGCCGACAAACAUUACUUUGUAUUUUUAAUAUUAUACUAUACCCUGUUCUCAUUUUUUGUUUUGUAACAAUGCAACCAAACAAAAAAUGAGGUCUGAUAAACUGGUACGUUGUAUUCGUCUCGCCUAUGUACAAUUCAUUAUAAGUUUCUUAUGCUACAUCUCUUGCAAACCUGUAUUAUGAAUGUCAUACCUCAAUAAAACAAAGAAUAAAAAAAAAAAAUAUAUAUAUAUAUAUAUAUAUAUAUAUAUAUAUAGUAAUGUUAAAAUACACUUAUACAUUUAACACGGAACAAGUAAAAUAUCAUAAAAUGAAAGUAAUACUUAGCAAUAGGUUUUUCUCCCAUAACUUUCCAAUCCUGUUAAUUACUGACCAAAUAUAAAAAAAACUGAGAUAUAGUACUCCUACAAGGAACAGAAAGCCUUCCAGGUGUGCUGUAACUCAAGUCCUUUGUUCAUAUUCACCUACUAUACCUUGUACAAAUGGCUAAAGAAUCAGGCUUACGUUGCAGCAUUCUGUAAAAACUAUAAAGAUUUGAGCACAGUGGCAUACUAAAGGGGGCAAGGGUGAGUCCGCCCCAGAUGCCACUCACUAGGGGAGUGCCCGGGGCGCUUUUUCAUGCCGCUUGCAGGAGUCUCCAUACCCAGCAUCUGUUCUCGUGAUCUGCGAGUGCGUUCCUAUGGUAACCUGCAGCAACGCUCUCACAGAUCACGAGAACAGAGGACAUGCUGCUGCUGGAUGUGGAGACUCCUGGGCCUCUCUUCACUGGGCAACCAUACUAUGCCACUGGACCACCAGGGAAUGUAGUGUGUCCCCACUCCCUGGACACCGGUAAGAGUCAGGGAGGGAGGACACACACACAAACAAUACAUACUGCUCACUAUACACACACUGCAUUCACACUACACACACACUUAUGUCUGUGCGUGUGUAUCUGUAAGUCUCAGUGUCUGUCUGUAUCUGUUUCUAUGUAUAUGCGUUUGCAUCAUGUACGUGUACAUGUGCAUACAUCUCAGCAUUUCGCCAACACUACACACAAAUACACCCCUGCAUCCAAAUAUCAACACUACAUAAAAACACACCACAUAUUCAAAAAACACACUACACAAAAAGGCACGCCUGCAUUCAAAUGGCAACACUACAUGCAAACACACCCCUACAUUUACUCACACAUACUUCAUACAAAAACAUGCUUACAUGCAAACACACAAACACUACUCAGUGCUAAAUACAUAAAACAAUGCAAGCGCAUGCAAAAAAAAAGUGUGGGUGUUUUUUUUUACAUUUUAAAAUGGGGGUGGGGGGAGGUUUGAGCAUGAAAAGAAAUCUAAAACGAUUACAGCAUGUUACUGAGGCCAAAAUCUAUCAAGUCAUUAAAGUUGUAUUGUUGCCUGGAGUAUCCCUUUAAGGAAGAAAUACCACUAGAAGUGUGUAUUUUUGCCCAAAUGUAAACACUGCUGUUUUUUUAGAAACUGCAAUGUUUUACAUUGCCAGAGAAAAAGGACAGCAUCUGUGCACCAAAACCACGAUGUUAAGUUGUAGUGGUAGUCAUGCUUAGAGUGUCCCUUUAAUAUUGCCUGAAGUUUUAGCCCAGGGCUUAGAGCCCUUUCCUGUUCUUUUUAUAGACUAAUGCACACUACAUCAAUGUAUAUAUUUAGCUACAUGCUUUCUAUUUAUUACUCCUGUUGACCUUUUAUAACAAAACAGGUCAAAUGGCCAUGAAUGGCCGCACACUCUGGGAUACCAAGAGCCAGUUUACCAGAUUUAACUGUAUGACCACGUGGGUUUUAAUGAUUGUAUAAAAAAAAAAAGUAAAGUAUACAUGCUUCAGUUUAUCAUUUUCAGCAAAUAUGGUCAAUGAUUUGUUUACAAAAAGAUGAUUUAAAUGGUACCCUGGUAGCUUUUCAGUGGCAAUUUUGGUAAUGUGGUUAAGAUUGAAGUUGGUGGUAGCCAUUGUGCAGUUUAUUGGAUGUUUACUGAGGGGCAUGUGUCGUUUUAAAAUUCAAAUGUAUUCAUCUGAGUUUUAAAUGAAAAGCUGGCAUGACUUUAAUUUGCAUUAAAAAGGAAUUUGUAGAAAACACUUUAUUGAUGUAGAAAAAAAACCCAAACUAUAAAUAUAUUACUGCAAUAGCAAUGUCUGUAAAGACGAAGAACAACAUAAUUGUUAUUUAUAAAACACCAACAUAUGGGCCAGUGUGCUACAAUGGGUAUUAUAUAGUCACAAGAACCACUACAGCUUAAUGUAGUGGUUCUAGUGUCUAUAGCUUGUCCCUGCAUGCCUUUCAUUGUUAAAGCUGCCUUUUCAGGAAAAAAAGUCAGUGUUCUCAUUGCUGCCUAGUAACACCUGUAGGUGCAGUUACUAAGAUGUCCACUAGAGGUGCUUCCUAUGUCCGUGCUGCACAGUGUGCAGCACCUAUGUUUAGCUUUUCCACGCUUUGCAUGGAGAAGCUAAAUGCUCUCCAUAGAGAUAUGCAUUGAUUCAAAGCAACUGUAAGAAUAGAUGCUGAUUGGCGAAGUGUGUUUCCAAGCAUGCGCAAUAGCAUUUGAUCUCUGCCACAAACGCAGGUCUAUUCGUGGCAAGACAGUACAUUGAGCAAGAAAGUGAGUAAACGUACCUUUUUACUGCAAUCUGUGGAGUGCCGGGAGCCUAAACAGCCACUCCAGGGCUAUAGUGUUAGGAAUUCAUGUUUGCAUACCGAGCCCUAUAGUGUUCCUUUAAAGGGACACUAUAGUCACCUGUGAAAAAAAGCUGAAAGGCGUCGCCGGAGUUUGAGCCAAAAGUGGUGAAAGAUCUGAUCAAGCCAUGUCAUGGCCUCGUUUGAAGUGACAGACAGCUUGCCUGGGCGUCCCCUGCUUUCAGGAACACUUAGAUUUGGUCUCGGAGGCCAGUAAAUCAGGAGUUACCGUAUUUUUCGCUCCAUAAGACGCACUUUUUUUCCCCUCAAAAGUGAGGGGAAAUGUCUGUGCGUCUUAUGGAGCGAAUGUGAAGAUUUACUUACCUGUCUUGGAGCGUGGGCCGGCUUCACAGCGCGCUCCGCCGUCCAGGAACUUCUAUUUCAGGUUCCGGUUUCCGGCGGGACUGAAAGGAAGUGCACACUCAGUGUGCACACUUCCUUUCAGUCCCGCCGGAAACCGGAACCUGAAAUAGAAGUUCCUGGACGGCGGAGCGCGCUGUGAAGCCGGCCCACGCUCCAAGACAGGUAAGUAAUUAUGGGACAAUGGGAGGGGAGACACUAUGGGUUAAGGGGGGGAGACACUAUGGGUUAAGGGGAGGGGGACACACUAUGGGAGAAAGGGAGGGGGAGACACUAUGGGAGAAGGGGAGGAGGACACUAUGGGAGAAGGGAGGGGGAGACACUAUGGGAGAAAGGGAGGGGGACACUAUGGGAGAAAGGGAGGGGGAGACACUAUGGGAGAAAGGGAGGGGGAGACACUAUGGGAGAAAGGGAGGGGGAGACACUAGGGGAGAAAGGGAGGGGGACACUAUGGGAGAAAGGGAGGGGGGAGACACACUAUGGGAGCGGGAGGAGGACACUAUGGGAGAAGGAGGAGGACUAUGGGUCGAGGGGCGGGGGAGACACUAUGGGACGAGGGGAGGGGGACACUAUGGGUUAAGGGGAGGGGGACACACUAUGGGAGAAAGGGAGGGGGAGACACUAUGGGAGAAGGGGAGAAGGACACUAUGGGAGAAGGGGAGGAGGACACUAUGGGAGAAGGGGAGGAGGACACUAUGGGAGAAGGGGUGGGGGACACUAUGGGUCAAGGGGAGGGGGACACUAUGGGAGAAAGGGAGGGGGACACUAUGGGAGAAAGGGAGGGGGAGACACUAUGGGAGAAAGGGAGGGGGAGACACUAUGGGAGAAGGGGAGGGGGAGACACUAUGGGAGAAGGGGAGGAGGACACUAUGGGAGAAGGGGAGGAGGACACUAUGGGAGAAAGGGAGGGGGAGACACUAUGGGAGAAGGGGAGGGGGAGACACUAUGGGAGAAGGGGAGGGGGAGGACACUAUGGGAGAAGGGGAGGAGGACACUAUGGGUCAAGGGGAGGGGGAGACACUAUGGGAGAAGGGGAGGGGGACACUAUGGGAGGGAAAGUGCACUAUGGAACAAUGCGAGGGGGGGACACUAUGGGAUCAGAACACUAAUGGACAAGGGUAGGAGGGGUUAAAGAUCAUUAUGGGACAGGGGAGAAAAAAAAAUAUUCUGAACAAACUGUCCUAUAGUAAGAAACACUAUGGAACAGUUUGUUCAGAAUAUUUUUUUUUCUGGGUUUCCUCCUCUAAAAACUAGGUGCGUCUUAUGGUGAGGUGCGUCUUAUGGAGCGAAAAAUACGGUAUAUCCUUUUUGUCAAUUAAUAGUCCAGGAGCUCAGUGUUUCACGUCUGGCUUACUUGAAGGUCAGGCCCCGCCCCUCCAAAACACUUUUUAUUUUUAUUGUAUUGUUGGAGGUGUGUGGCAGGUUGUAUUGUUCGUUUUUUGUUUUGGUGCGUUGUUUUUUUUUGUUUUUUUUUUUAUGUUUUUGGUACAAUAAGUAACAUUCUAACAGCUGUAUCAGAUAAUGGUUUUAAAAUGGUUUUAAACCAUUUCACAGCCCCAGAGUACAAAGCUCUUGAGCUUUAUGUUCAAAUUUGCCGCUCCAAAUUCGUCCUUUCCACCGAAUGACUUAAGGGUCGGUCAAACAUUGUGCUCGUCUAAUCAUAUGCUGCUACUUGAAUUUGCUAUAUUGUCUCCGUGUAUUCUUCGCCAUUAAAUUCUUUUUGAUAGUUUUAUUUUAAUCUGCUGUUGUCAUCUAGUUUUUCCCUGUUCAAUGUUCUCUAAAUGUAUACUCAAGCUUUUUUCAGUUGUCUCUUAAAGGAACACUAUAGGACACACUUUAGGAAUACAAAAUUCUAUCCUCUGUGUUAGUUUUUAAGGCUCAGACCCUAAAUUUAGCUAAAAAGCAAAAUCCAGUUCCAGGCACCUGAUUCACCUUCUGUGACAUUACACCAAUUUAUUUUAUUUUUUAAAGCACAUGGCCAGUGCUGCGCUACUCCACUCAUAUGGAGCCUCCAAUCAAAUUAUAGCCUCUAGUGGCUAUCAGGAGCCCAGGCACCAAAGGCUAAAUGACAGUAUUUCUCAUUGCAGUGUUAAAACUAAAGCACCAAUACAACCAGACCAACUGGGUGCUUUUAGAGGUCACUUAUAGGAACACUGCAAGCAACAACCCCUAGAGCCUGCUGUCAUUGUUAUUGUACCAUGAUUGUCAUUGCACUUUCCCAGUGUAAGUAGUAAAAUUGUUUAAGAAUGGUUUGACUACGUACAUGGGGUGCACUUCUCAUCACCUCCUCGGAAGCUCCCUGCAUUGAGCUCCUGGUGCGGUGUCAAGCAUUCUAAAACAGUUUUAACCCCUUAAGGACCAAACUUCUGGAAUAAAAGGGAAUCAUGACAUGUCACACAUGUUAUGUGUCCUUAAGGUGUUAAAGGGACACUAUAGUCACCAGAACAACUACAGUUUAUUGAAUUUCUUCUGGUGAGUAGAAUCAUUACCUUCAGGCUUUUUGCUGUAAACACUGUCUUUUCAGAGAAAAUGCAGUGUUUACAUUACAGCCUAGUGAUAACUUAAUUGGCCACUCCUUAGAUGGCUGUUAGAGAUCCUUCCUGGGUCAUGGCUGCUUAAAAUGCAUCCAAACAUUCAGUAUCUCCACCCUCUGCAUGUAGACACUGAACUUUCCUCAUAGAGAUGCAUAGAUUCAAUUAAUCUCUGAGGAGAUGCUGAUUGGCCAGGGCUGUGUUUGAAUUGUGCUGGCUCUGCCCCUUAUCUGCCUCCUUGUCAGUCUCUGCCAAUCUUAUGGAAAAGCAUGGUGAUUGGCCCAGACCACCACUUCUGAUGAUGUCAGCAGACCGCUUACUAUUCUGUGGCAAACGGCAUGCAGAGUUAAAGCUUCAGGCUUGAAUACAAGUACGAUUUUACUAUAUUUAGGGAGGCAUGAUGGGAUCAGGGGGCCAGAUGGUGGUUUUAACACUAUAGGGUCAGGAAUACAUGUUUGUGUUCCUGACCCUAUAGUGUUCCUUUAAUUACUUACUCUGGAGGGCACAAGGACACCUGAAUGCAGUGUUCUUGUUUUUGGUUUGUGUUUUUAUUUUUUUUGUCCGCAACAAAAUAAGGAUUUCCAUUUGGCAAUUAAUUAAAAUUAUCGGUUUGGUGAGCAGUAUUGAUUGGAUACCUUUCUAGUAAGGGUUCAAGGAAAUAUGAUGUUUGAACACAGCUGCUGAUGGUAGAAAAUACAUUUUUCUCUCACUGAAGUUGUGAAUCACUAGUCUUAAAGGGUUACUCCAAUAUUUCUAAGACAUCAAGGGAGAGCGGUGAGGGAUUGGAAAACAAAAUUCAGCUAUAGAGUGAGGGGAGAACAAGGCUUUCCCUUUCAGGUGCGGUGCCUGCAAGGAAAAAGAUAAUUUACAUAUAUCAACAACACACUGAUGACAGACUUCAUUUUUACACAGGAUUGAUAUUUGGCAGCCCUGAACAGAGUUCUGGGCUGCCUUAGUCAUGUGUGCUGGGGGGUGUAACUAGCCCCAGAAUAAAAGUACAGAUUUCUCUGUAUGUGCAGCUUUUCAAGCAGAUAUGGUCAUAACACCAUAUCUGCUUGAGGUGGCCAUUGUGGUUGAAGUAGCCCUUUAAUUUUCUUUAUUUUAAUUUUGUUGCUGUUACUUUCCAUAUUCUUUACCUUAAAGGAACACUAUAUGGUCAGGAACACAAACUUGUAUUUCUGACCCUAUAGUGCUGAAACCACCAUCGAGCCCCCCCUUGCUCUCCUAAAUGUAGCAAAACCUUACCUUUAUUCCAGUAUGCUGCUGCUGGCUCUGCCCCAGAUAUACCUGCUUGGUUGACAUCAUCAGAAUUAUUGAUCUGAGCCAAUCACAAUGUUUUCACAUAGGAAAGCAUUGGCUUUAUUGAGCUUGUCAAGGAGCCAGAUCAGGGAGAAGAGCCAGCACAAGCCACAGUCAUGGCCAAUCAGCAUCUCCUCAUAGAGAUGCAUUGAAUAAAUGUAUCUCUAUGAGGAAAGUUUAGUGUCUCCAUGCAGAGGGUAGAGACACUGAAUGACAGUGCUGCACACACUGCAGCACUGCCCCAGGAAGCACCUCCAGUAGCCAUCUCAGGCGUGGCCAGUGGAAGUAUCCCUAGGACGAUGAUGGCAAACAUUUUUGAGCCAGAGUGCCAAACCGCAAUACAAACCAACUUUUUUCCUCAAAGUGCCAACACGGCAAUUAUACACACUGACACUCGCAGAGACACUGACAUAUACUUACACUCCCACAUAUACUCACAGGUACACUCAGCUAAACGUUCACAUGGGCAAGCCCACAAAUUGCAAUUUACAUUUGUUAACCAUCCUCUGCUCCCAUACCUUUUGUUUGCAGGGAGAUGUAUUCCUGGGGCUGGCUGAUGGUGAUGGGAGUCUGAAGGAGAAGCUGCAGAGCUCUCUCUCCUGCCUCCUACUCCUCUCUCAGUUCCUUCUUUAGUGUCCUGUCAGCCUGCGUGGUCUGUAUGCUGGGAGGACGUAACAUUCACUUCCUCUCAGCACUCUCUGCAACAUUAAAGGGACGCGGUCUGCCAAAGGGCUGCAGCACCCGGCUGGGCCCCUGGUGAGGUUGUUUCCCUAUGGGAGCUGCACUAAUUUCUAGGGAGAGGCAAUUGCCGUCCCCCCACCCCCCACAUCACUGCAUUGUUCCGGAAUGAGGGUGCCCGGGAUAGACUCUCAAAAUGCGGGACUGUCCCGGGCAAUACGGAACACGUGGGCACCCUCAGUGGUGUAUUUUGAAUUUGUGCUGCUUUAGGCAUGAACAAACUCAGGGCACCCCCCUAAUUUAAAUUUUCCCCAACCCCUUCCUGUCAAGGCCGCACACACUUUGAUUGACAGACUCCCUCACCAAUGCAUGUACUGAAGUACACACUUUCACUGACAGAUGCACACACUCACAUACACUGAAAUACAAUGACAUACACACACACACACACUCCCUGAUUUGACACGAUGAAAGUCACACACUAUUAUGCAGACACACUCACUGACAAACACACACUGACAGUCACAUAAUCAUUGCCAGACGCACACACUCACACACACAUUAACUGAGAGACAUAUACACACUCAUACACAUUUCCCCCAACACUCACAAAUUACGAUUAUUAUUUUUUUUAAAUUAUUUUAAUUUAACUCCACCCAGCCUCCGUGGGAGAACUGGAGUGGAUUCCUUACCUGGGGUCCAGUGGGGCUGCUUGUGCUGCUGGACAGACAGGCAGGGGGCGAACUGGCAGUGUAGGUGGUGAAGGAGCUCUGAUCUUCCUGCUCAGCUCUGACGUCAGUCUGGCUCCCGGCAUCACUAAGUGGCACGUGAGGGAGCUGAGCAGUAAGAGCUCAGACUACAGCACUCCCUCACUGCCCGACCGCAAAUCAAACUGCCGCCUGCCUCGGGUGGUGCCCAAAGGUGGUCAGCCGGCCAGCUCUUGGGUUCCCCAGGACAAUGCCUUGCUAGUCUCAGGUGAAUAUAUGGCUGCUUGCCCACAGAGAGGGCUCUGCAUGCCAGCUGUCGCACGCGUGACAUAGGUUCUCCAUCGCUGCCCUAGGCUGUGCAUUUUCUCUGAAAAGACCGUGUUUAGUGCAAAAAGUCUGCAGGGAAUAAUUAUACUCACCAGAACAAAUACACUGAGCUAUAGUUGUUCUGGUGACUAUAGCGUCCCUUUAAUAGUUGACAUUAUUGCCAUUUUUAUAGAAACCAUGACACAGUCAGCCACUAAGCCUAAUGGGAUCUUGCCAAGAUGUCUAUUCUGGCAAACUGAAUUUUAAUUAUUCAAAACUGAUGCAACUUUUUAUUAUUGUUAUUAUUAUAAGCUUACUGUAAGGCCUGUCAAAGCAUGUUGUACAUUUUUUUGUUUUCUAUCUAUCUAGGUUUCGUUGAUCUAUAAGCUAGGUCCUUGACAAAUUAAAGGAACACUAUAGUGUCAGGAAUACAAAUAUGUAUACCUGACACUAUAGGACUAAAUAGCUGUUUAGGUCCCCAGCCCCCCGUACCUCCGGUUAAAAAGAUGAUUUACUCACCUUUUGCCAGCGCCCCAUGGUUCAGGUCAGGGCUGGCUCCAACCAACGAUAUAAGGCUUGCGCAUCAUGAAAAACAUGGAGACGCUGAAUGUCAUUACAUUUUUGUAAAUUUAGUAAUAUCAAUAAGAAAAACCCAUACAUUCCUCUCACACAUUAUUUAGCAAUGGUAUUCCUAUGUAUUGCACUCCUAUGGUUGUCUAGUUGUUGAUAUGGAGGUCUGCUUAUGAUUCAGAAAUAUUAGCUAGAGACUCAAACCCUACUUAAUGAUAUAAGCUACAGACCCUCCUUACAAGGUUACAGAACUACUGCAUGUUAGAAAUUGAUCAGUUCUUUUUUUCUCCUUGUGUAAUGUCUAUAUAGACACCUACUGAAUGCAUUUUGAAUGUUCUUUGAUUAAAUUAAAUUGAACAUAGGGUUGUUAUCUUUGGUCAGAAACGCCACUUAGAUGGCCAAAGAAUAUGUGCAUUUUGAAUAUUUAAAUCUGUGUAUGUUUUUGAGAUGCCUGCAGCUUGCACACAAUGUCAGGAUUUCUGAAUUCACAAUCACUCUUGACUACUUGCAUGAUCUGUGGUUGGGUAAUAAUAGGUGCUUCCCAUUGCAGAUUUCAUGAAGCCAUGGUAAGCUAUGAUAUGUUUAACAAAAAAAAAAGAUAUAUUUUACUUAUAUGAAUACAUUACAUUGCAAUCCUUUAACUAAUAAAAAUUACAGUUUUUGUUUAAAACUGGCGUCCUGAGAACAUUUAAUGAGCAUUCUGCAGUCAUAUUUUUACUCUUUGUGCAGUGAGUGUGUUUUUUAUUUUGUUAUCCCUCUUCCUGUGUCCUUGUUUAACCUACUCAUCACCUCCCUCUAGAGGAUGUCUGCGUAAAAGGUGGUGCUCUAUAGAAUGCUCAUUUGUUCUCUUUCUCUGCAGCAGAAACGGAGAAAGAAAACUCCUCCAGUAAGGCAUGAGGAAGGAGAUGUUGUCUGGGCCAAAUUCAACCGUCGUCCAUGGUGGCCAUGCAGGAUCUGUUCCAGUCCGGUUCAGGAAGGGCAGCCCCAAAAAAAUGGUAAGCAGAAGCAGUAUAAUGUUGCUAUUGCAUUACAUUACAGGUAGGCCAUGGACCAUUUUUACUUUUAAUAUGCUCUCCAAUUUCCAUUCUUUUAAGUAUUUUUAUUUAUUUAUUCUUUCCUUCAAAUUAAAUCAUGUCAUCAAAUCUUUCUCACAGUUAACAGGAUCAUAUAUCAGACAAGCACUUACCUCAAAGAAAAUGUUGUUGCUUUUUUAAACCCCCUAUGGGCCACUGACUAGCUAAUUCAUUCAUAACAAACCAGCAUGUAAAGAUGCUAUAUCACAACGGAAUGUCCCGUUCAGUUAACAGUAUCAGCACUGUAUCGAACUGCGAACAGAACCCUGCAUCAUACUUGUAUAUAAAGGAAUGUUAAAAAGGAUACCAGCAAAUGGAAUUGCUCAUGUCAUAUUCAAUCUGAGCAUUUUAAAGAAGAUCAUGUUUCUAUAUUAGUGUGUUUUAUUUUUUUAUUCACAUAUUACACUGAUGACAGCACUGUAAAUAGUUAUCCAAUAAUGCAUUUACCAGUAGUGUAUUUGAAAUGUACUCUUUUUUUUUUUUUUUUCCUUUCUACACUUACCAGAUGCAAGUGGCAAGAAGGCUCCUCGACAGUAUUAUGUGGAGACUUUGGGGGAACUAACAGAAAAGAUAUGGGUGCCUGCAAGAGCCGUUGUGCAGUUUAUAGGUGUACAACAGUUUGCAGAAUUGCCAGACUUGCGUCGACCUCAAAAACAAAGGGAAAGGCCUGUCAAAAAAGAGGCAAGUAAAUGCCAUUAAUUUGAAAUAAGAACUAGCUCCCAAUUUCAUUUUUUAUGGGGUUUAUUUAAAGGUAAUGCAUUCAAAAAAUCAUAGGAGAAUCUACAUAUGAAUGCAGUACUCUUGCAGGUGAUUUUCCUCCAGUGAUGUUGACAUGAAAGAUAAAGGAGCUGAUCCAAAUCCUGGUCACAUUGCUUCCUGUGUGAGAAUUACCGAGAGUGUGUGAUUAUUCAUGCUCCAUGCUUAGUAAUUCUUUCAUACAAAUAAAAAGAAAUUGGUUAUGGAUAUGUAAUAGUGUCAAAUGACUUCUCAAUCCCGAGUGAUGGUGUAAUAGUGUUAUGUUGCCCCUUUAAAGGGACGUUGUAGUCACGAAAACAACUUUAGCUUGAUGAAGUAGUUUUGGUGCAUAGAUCAUGCCCAUGCAGUCUCAUUCUUAAAUGAUCUGCCAUUUAGGAGUUAAAUCACUUUGUUUACUCAUCACUAACUCAGCACUACUCUCACAUGUCAGCAUGUGGCUUGCACAGUUUUCCUAAACACUUCCUGUUAAGAGUCAUCUAAUGUUUAGACUUCCUUUAUUGCAAAUUAUGUUUAAUUUGCAUUUCUUAUCUCUUGCUCUGUUAAUAGCUUAAUAGACCUUGCAAAAGCCUCCUGAAUGUAACUAAAAAUCACUAUGCAGAGUAGGAGCUAAAAACUUACACAUGUUUGAAAAUGAAACCAUUCUGUUUUCAUGCAGGCUGUGUCAGGCACAGCCGAGGGGAGGUGUGGCUAGGGCUGCAUAAAUAGAAACAAAAGUUAUUUACCUUCUACAUAGUUGUGAAUUGCGCAGUGUGAAGCAUCAGAGGCAUGAUCCAUACACAAAAACUGCUUCAUUAAGCUUUAGUUGUUUUGGUGACUAUAGUGUCCUUUUUAAGAUCAGAUCCAAUGUAAAAAUAUAAAAGAAAUGUUAGUGUAGCAAAAAUAACCUUUGUCAACCUGAUUUUGCACCAUUUUUACUUCCAUGUUCCUUCUCCUUUUUUUUCAUUUUUAAUAGGUACCUUCAAAGCUGUUACCACUCUGGCAGACAGGCAUAGCUCGUGCCCAAGAAUAUAUUUCCAAGGGCUGUUGGAGAUCUGCUCAGUGUGCAAACUUUGGACAGAAUGAAGUCCAAAUAAACCAACAUUCAAAAUAUGGUGUGAAGGAAUCCAAUGGAACAGCAAGCAAUGUCUUGAAUGGUUGUGUGAAUUCUCUGCAUACCUCUGAUCUGCCAUCUUUUACUAAAUUAAAAUAUGUGAGUAAAAAGGCAAGCAAGCAUUCUAGGCCAAGUAAAAAACGUACGUCUAAGAGUGUACGUGUUUCAGACGACGAAGUCGUAUCUCGGGGCUCUGUCUCUCCUGAAUUUUGGAGCAAUGAAAUUAAGGAUGUCAACACUGCAAUGGCACCAUCCCAGAGGGAAAAUGAUGCCAUAAGUGAAGAACUGAAUGAGCCUUUUGGCAUUAAUAAGGAGUCCUCCCACAGCACACCUAUUGCAGAUUUGCUUUCCAGUCUUUCUUCUGAAGAAUGGGACAAAAAUGCUGGUGAUGAGGAUUAUCAUGUGACUUUAGAGCAGAGAAAAACUCAAUGUGAUAAUGAGCAGAUGGAUUCUCAAACUGGUCCUUUAAAGUCUGUUUUGUCCUUUGUUAAAGAAAGGCUUCCAAAAAAGCCUAGAAAACAAUGUGGCAGUUCUCAAGGAAAUUUAUCUAUGAGUGUAUGUAAGAACAAGAAACGGUCAAGAAAUCUCACCAAAUCCCGUCCCUUAAGCGCUAGCAAGAGACGUGCUAAAUCUGCAGCAACUUCUCAAGGUAGCAGCGAAGAUGUGGCAUUGCCUAGUGAGGAUGUACUUUGUUCCGAUAGCAACAUUAGAGACAUUUCAAGUGUACAUAGUAAUGACAUUGCACUAUGUAAUGAACGCAGUUCAAAAGAACAAAGUUUCUCCCUAUCCGGUUCAUGUGGCAAGCUUCAAAAUGCUUCCAGCCUUGGUCAAAAAUAUGUAGAAAAUGAGACCAUUUCUUUGCACACUGAAGACAAAGCUUCUAUAAAGAGUGAACAAUCUUCUGAAAGUCAUAAAUUCAAAAACUGCGUUAUUGAUUCCAAAACCAUUCAUAGGUCUCCAAAGCUACUUCCCAGCAAAAUUGAAAAAAAGAAAUUGUUAAAUAAUGCACAUGAAAAGCCCCGUAAGUCUAGAGAGAUGGAAUCAUCUGCAGUAAAAAAUGUUAUUUGUGGACUCAAAGAACUUACUAGUAGGGCAUCCAGUAAGAAAAAAACCGAAAGCAAGUCUUCAGACGUAUCCGAUCAGUUUCAAUCUUCUCCAGGACAGAGUAGAAUAAAAAUGGCACCAGAUUAUAAAUUCAGCAGUUUAUUGAUGAUGUUGAAAGACAUGCAUGAUACGAAGACAAAGGAAAAUCACCUGAUGACAGGCCAAAGUUCAUCAUCGUUCAGUAGCCCAACACACGAAGACUCCUCUGAAUGCACACCAAAUGUUACCAGCAAGCAUUCACCCUCUAGUGGUGGUCUGCAGACGUCCGAAAAUGAAGAAGAUUACCAUGUCAGUGCCAUUAAGAAUGAAGUUUCCUUCUGUCAGGUGGGAACACAAAAGUCCAAUUGCUCCACAAACGUUUCAAAAGAAACCAAUAUUCCUAAUAAUGCUGACCUAAAAGAUGAAACUCAAACACCUACUCGUAGGAGCACAAAAUUUAUAAAACCCAGCAUUUUACAGAAGAGGAGAAUUUCAGAGACAGAAAACUUAAAUACUGGUGAGAGCCUUUCUUCUCCACAUAAGGGCACUGUGAUUUCUCCAGGGUGCAUAAACAGGAAGCCAGUGGAUGUUAGUCCACCGCCUCAUGAAGACAAACUAAUAAAAGAUCAUUUAGGGAAUCCAUCAUGUGAUACUGUUGCAUUCUCACCUGCUGAGUCACCUGAGGCGCGCAAAGCACUGUUUCAGCAGCACAGUAGCAGUGACAUGCUUGCAAGCCUCAAUGAAGAUUGUGCACAAGAAUCAGAAUUAAGCAAUGAGUUGUCUGUGUGGGAUGAAUCGGAAGAUAUGAAUUGUGUUGCACCCAAAAAGCGUUGGAAAAAAUUUAAUCAACAAGAACCAGAAAAUAGCUUAAAUAGUUCAUCUAGCAAAGUCUGUCAAAUGACUAAAUUUAACACCUCUGCUCAGGGAGAGGUAGUGUCUGAACAAGGGGAGAUCAAUGUAACACCUCCAGAACCUGAAUGCUCAGCAGUGCAGCCAAAGCCUCCAAGGAGAGGUAAGAAUUUGUUAUUAUUCGCACCUUGUUGCCCACCCUCCACCCCCCCCUUAAAAAAAAAAAAGGGGGGGGGGUUGGGGGGGUCAUCUUGUGAGGGAUGAGAAUAGUAUGCAUUUCAUGUUUUAAUGUAUGUGUAAAUGUCACGAGCAUUUUGUCAAUAUCCUCCAGAAUUGGCACUCCAACUAAGAAAAAAUUGGAGGCAAAAUUAAAGGGAUACUAAAGGCACCUAAACCUAUGAGUGUAGCAACAAAGUAAAUAAAGAACAGUCUCUUAACUGUGCUGAACUGAGAUUCCCAUCAUGGUUUGGUCGCCAUAUUGCAAUUUACCAGUGAAUAAAUCCCAUAGUGUCAUGUCAUUUCAAACUGUUCGGCUGCUGCAUGCUCCUUGUGGUAUGCACAGUGUUGUCUACAUGUUUAUUGAUAUACAUCCCAAAAACUGGGCAUACAAUUUUAGUUGCUGAGCAUACACCUUGUGUCUCUCUGAGAAACAUUGGAUUGGCCAGGUGUUCAUUAGUGCUGAUGAUCUCUUGUGGGCAGAGCACACCUGCCCCUAGGGAAUAUCUCCCUUUUAGAUUACAAGCAAGCUUACUCUUUAUUUACAGAAUUUGGGGUAAGUAAAGUGGGCCCAGGAAAUACUGGAAUUAUUUGUAAUGCUGGAGUAAACAUGCUUUGGAAUUGUUUCCUACAAAAUAUUACACAGAUAUCCACUAUAGAUGGCUAAAAUACAUUUAUUGACUUUAUGACGGCUAUUUAUAUAACAUAAUAUUUGAUAUGAUAUCUUGCCAAUACAUGGUUUGAUGUACUUUCUGUAUGUGUUUGAAAUUAAUACAAUUAAAAAAAAUGAAUACAUUUGAAAGGAGUAGGAGAACAUUGGUGUAAUAUAGGGAGACUCCUUAUGUAACCCUUUAAAAGAACGCCAUACCAUAGGGAAUACAAACAUUUUAUUCCUAAGGCUAUAUUGUUCCCCUACCUAUUUAGACGUCCCGCUCAAACACACCCACACCCACCACCACCCAUCUGUGAGGAUUUGAAAGGAGAGUUUCACUUAACUUUCUUCCGUCUCUGCUCUGGUCUUGCUGCUCGCCUCCUUGGCUGAGAGCAUCAAUAUUAAUGAUCUCAGCCAAUCCAAAGCUCUGGGAGGUUAUUGCUCAUGCGUGCCAUAGCGCUGCUUUGCUGCUAGAAGCAGCUUUUCUAUACUGAUUUCAGGAUGUUGCUUCUCAUUUAUUCUUUCCUCCUUUUUAUACUGGUAGCUGCAUUUCAAAUUGAAAUCCACAUAAAAAAAAUUGUUGUGCUUUAAUGUUGAGUACAGUAGUAAAACUGUAGUUGGUGUCUCAGGUGCUGUUAUUUCCCGGUUUAGGUUGAUAUAGCACUAUUUUACCCAGUGUUGGUUUUCUGUUGUCUAGUGGGAUCCCAAGAAGUCAAGCUGUCAUUAUAGCUGUUUGGAGCCUUUUUCCUAAUUGGUUCUAUUUGCAUAGGUUUUUGCAAUUCGUUUUUUGAAUUGUUUAGUGAAUAAAUAUUGGAAUGCUUUUGUACACAAAUUAUUUGUACUUGCCUAUCCAUCACAUACACACCAAUAUAGCGUUGUAGAUUAGUGCAUUGUAUGUCAUACAUUGUUAAUUUUGGAUAAAUGUCUAUGCUCCUUUAUCUGUAAAUCAAGAUUAUGUGUGUGUUUUGUUUAUUUUCUUUCUUUCAUUUACUGCUCUUGCGAUUAUAUUUGUUUCAUGUGUUACAAAAUAAAGAAAAUCUAUAUUUCCAAGUGAACUAUCCUAUAACUGCUCUACCCUGCUAUUCAGAAUAAUAAAUCAUUUGUUUAUUUUUGCCCAGACUCCUUUAAAGAAUUCUUUUUAUGGAAUGUCUUAGGAAAUUAAUUAGGAUUGUUUAUCCUCUGACUUUGCAAACCGUUUUGAUAGUUAACUUGUUUUAUUAGUUGAAUUCACGGUGCAAUCGUGCAUUUUUGCUCUUCUUUCUUAGGAACAAAUUUGGGCAAGAAAUGUCGAAGGAAGCCAAGGCAGAGAUUUGGGAAGCAUGCCAAUGAUCGUGUGAAAUCCAGAGGCCCCAGAAAACGACCUCACAAGCAGCUGGGUGACUCUCUGCAGGUGUGCUGGGUUCAGAUGCACUCCUAUACAGCUAGACUGAUAGAAAAACUCUUGGGAGGAACAGAAAGUAUAGAAACAAGUUGUUACGAACAUUGGUAUAGUAGAUACCCUGUUCGCCUAUUACUCCUUAACUGCUGAGCCUGAGUGAAUAUAGCUGCAGUUUUGGUGUAGAUACGAAUAGUUUCAGACAAAUGCAGCCUCCAAGUAGUUUCUCCCCAGCAAGUAGACAGUUACCCAAACAUGAGCCUAGACUUCAUGAAGGUUACAACAGGAAUGAAUUUUAAUGGUGCCACACUGGCUUUUAUGCAAGUCCCCAUGCAAGGGGCACUCCCACAUGGACCUUGUGGGGGACAGGGACACAAAGCUUACUGCCAAUAGUAUUGCAGUGACAAAGAUGAACACUCCCAAUGCAAACCGACAAACCCCUCCUCUCUGCCUGUGAGAUAAUUGAGUCAGCUAACCUAAUAAUUCAAUUAUCUCCAGUAAAAACAUAUUUUCCCAAAACUUGAAAAGUACUCUAAAACACAUAGUAUCCCCAUAAACGUCACAUCCCCUGAUAUCCCUGAUCUGGUUGACCAACAUAUCCAAAAAUCACCCAGAUCAGUUCAGGGGUUUUCAAAUUUUAUGAAAAUCCCAUUUGACCAACCGCACACAAGGCUCUCUCCAGAAACCAUUCCAUUAGUUUAGGCUGUGCAGUCGGUCUAUAUUGAAAAGUCAUAAAAACAAAUAAAUGCACGAACGGAGCCCCCGGCUCAUAGUAGCGAUUGUUCUCCUGGUUCGUGGGAACCAAACUACCGAACAGUGCUCUCCUGGCUGUUCGGGAAAAGGAAGCAGGCGUUCGUAUGGUUUGACCGGUGUUCGGAAGUCGAGUGUCAGAUUUUAGUUCCAGACACUCGACGACCAAGUCCUGCUGCUUCCUUUCGUGCAAACAAGAUGGCCACUGUUUUCUCUCACACGUGGCGUUUGAAGAAAAUGAGCCGGGGGGUGGUCGGUGUUCGGUAGUUACAGCUACCGAACCAAUAAAACAUAAAAAGUCCCAAAUGGCAAUAAAAGUCUCGAAUAACAUGCUAUUUUCUUCACACAAGUCUCUUCCAUUAUGUAAAGGAUAAAGUGGUUUGUGUUUAUGUUCUGUUUUCUUUAAAAACUCAUGUUUGUAACAUUGAUGGGUGUAAUACUGAAAUUUGAAUGGCAUUGAAUUGCUCACUGUACCAGAUAAGGAACGUAUUGCUACACACUCAAGGGCUGUAUCCAGAUCUCCACCGUGACACAGGGACUGAAAUCCAUAAGAUUGGCACCAUAAGUUUUUCUCCACGUUUGGAGGACAUUUAAUGACUGAGGCGCUCAGCAAAUAAAUGUUGCUGUUGCAGAAAUGUAACAUGCCCAAUAACAGUAUGGACAUAAUAAGAGGCACAUAUCUGGGGGAGCCUCCAUUUCUAUCACACUGCAAUGUUCUCAUAGCUGGGAUAAGCACACCUCUAAUGGCUAUCUCCCUGAGAGCCACUAGAUGGUGCUUCUGUUCUCACAACCGAGUCAGAUUUGGUUCUUUGACAUGCAAGUCCUCAAACAUUGCAUGUGGAUUUUCUAAUGUCCUCUAAUGCAUCUUGAAACUUUGGAUUCAAUGCUGCUUUGUGAGAAUCAUUUGAUGGAGUGUUGCAGUCAUCAUACAUGUACAUUUUUGUGCUUAAAGAAGCAUUGUGAAGGAUAUUAUUAUUAUUAUUAUUAUUAUUAUUAUUAUUAUUAUUAAAACGGUACCCUGCAAUCUAAAGCACCCUGGCAUUCUAUUUCAGCAAGAGUAAAACACUCUCAGAUGAUGUGUGUGUGUGUGUGUGUGUGUGUUUAAUACUAUAUAGAGAGAGAGAGAGAGAGAGAGAACAAAUACAAAAGCACUUAUAGUAUGGUAUUUAAUACAAUGUGAAAUAUAUAAAUAAUGCAGAAAAUAUACACCAAUUACAGUAAAAUAAAAAAACAUAAUUGCACUUACCGGUAUGUUAAACCUGUAAGAAAGCAGGCAGCAGCAUAACAAUAUGCCAGUUUGCACCAACAUGUGGUUGUUUUAAGAAAUACUAAUUGGUAAAGCAGAUAUGUGCUGUAUAAUCAGAAUGUGUCUUCAAGGCAAACGAUAUUUGGAUAACACGCAGUACUUACCACUCCCUGCUGUGAGCCCCCUUGUGCAGAGCACAGCUCAAGGCAGGGAUGUAAGAGAGUGUGGUUUAGCAGUAUAUUACUGUCCAGACAUGGGAGUUUUAGUGAGAGUGAAGAUUCACUCUUAGCAUGUUAUCCCAGAAUAUUUUAAGGCAGCCUUGGAGGUUUGGAGGUGGCAGUGUGUUUUUCCAGCUCUUACUCUGACUCCCAGCUGAUCAAACCACAAACCAUAUCACCUAUUCCCCCACUCCCACACAACAGCCUAUCUACCCCCCUCCCCUCCUGCACAACAGCUAAUCUACCUCCCCCCAUUUCUGCACACCAGCUCAUACUCCCUAGUAGAUGCUUGCACAAUAGGCUUUGGCCUCAUAUAACCCUAAAUUCACUCAUUGCUAACCGCACUCAUUCUAAGAUGGCAUUCUCCCUACGUUUUGAAAUGUGAUUUGGUGAAAUCAACAACGUUAAUAGCCAGUUUAUUGUACAUUGUGAGAUUAAGAUUUUCGUAUUCUGUAUGGUCCAGUCCCUGUGCACAGUGCAAUGAAUGUGUUGAGUACAGUAUAGUUGGUAGCAGGUGAUGUGUGAGCUCACACUUUUUUUCUUUUUCUUCAAUCAGUCUGAUGUCUGUGAGCAGAAAAAAGCAAAGACAGAUCAACAGUUUGAGUAUGGGGACGGGGCUAUUGCUUCAUCUUCAUCUGUGGUACUGUCUGAACCAUGUUCAGGUAAAAUUACUUCUCAGAAACCAGCAGCCAAUGAUCUGUCUGAUGUGAAGAAUACUCCUCCCUCCAGUACUAAUUUGGAUAAAUCUGAGUCAAAUAAUGUAACAGAAGAAUCUCCAGAGCCCAAACCAGGUACACAUCAUUAUUUUGUGUUAUUGUUCUAGCAGCAUACUUCAAUUUUAUGUAGCAGAGUUUUUAGUUAUAAUAGUUUUUUUUGCAUGAAGUGCAGACACAUUAGUGUUCCAAACUUAAAGGAACACUAUAGGGUCAGGAAUGCAAUCAUAUUCCUGACUGUAUAGUGUUAAAAUCACUAUUUAGGAUCCGCAAUUUAGAUUUGCUAUUGCUUCAUAAUGUAUAUUGUGCAUACCCCCAAUAUUUUAAAAUGGCCACGUGCAGGAGGCUUUACUGUUUCGGUGAGUGUCCUUAGAUAAGAUUCUAGGAGAAAAGGGUGAUGAGAAAUGUUUACCUUGAUAUUGUGCAAAUUUGUUAAAGGCAUUUAGAAAAAUAACUUGGCAUUUUAUUUGCACUAAUUUAGACUAAUAUUUACUGCUGCUUUGUACACACGUUGUUCGAUUAAUGACCCAAGCUAUUAGGAUCAUCAGUUUCCCACCGAUGGCAGCAUUUAUGUUUAAAUGAUUUUGAGCGUUGAAAUUAGACAGAAUGAUUAUCCUUGCCCUAUCGUGUCUUGCUAAUAUAGGAACUUGAAAACCAUUUAGGGUUAUCCUAAAAUAGUUUGUUUUUAUAUAGUUUGUUUUUUGCAUGGUUCCAAAAUAAAUGUAAAAAUAUUAGCUAAAUUACAAUCUUUAUUUAAUACUAUGUUAUUUUGUAACUUAUACUCAUUAUUGCGCCAGCAUUGCAGUCUGCAAGGCACUCUAGUAUAUAUCUGUGUUUGAAGGGGCACUGUAGGCAUCCAGACCUCUUUAUCUCAAUGAAGUGGUUUGUGUGCAGUGCUUUUUGGUAUUUGACUUACGCAGUGUAAAACAUUGCAGUUUUUUAGAGAUACUGCAAGUUUUAUAUCACAGGGGAUCAACACACUUCUAGUGGCUGAUAAAUUAACAUCCUCUAAAUGGUGCUUCCUCGCCUAGAACAGAGUCAGACUCUGUCUUUGAUGUACGACAUCCUCACUUAUUGCAUGAGGAAUUGAACGUUCAAUGUGCAGAUCCUCAUUCAGAAAAGCAAACUUAUUACGUACAGCACACUUUUUAAUUUAAUAAUGCUCGAAUGCCUUAAUUUAUUUGCUUAAAAAUACAAAAUGUAAUCUGAUCCUCAUACAUUCUCUGUAAAAUAUCAGGUGGAAAUAGACGCAAAAGCAAACUUAUUCCAAGAGUUUGUGAGUUUGAUGACCUUGAAGCUCAACUUGGUUUUGAUGAGGAGGAAUCCUUGCCACCAGUAGCUAAGGUAAUUGUUUGUUUUUUUUUGUUUUUUUUUUAUAAAGGGCAAUAGUGGAAGUAGGAAGUAGUAAUCUAUGAAGAUCUGUAAGUGUUUUUAUGUGUCCUCAUUUAAAUAAAACCAAAUUAACCCCUGCUUUAAUAAUUAAAUAUACUAUAUAAUAAUAUAUAUUUAUUUUUUUUCUCCUUAGGAAAGUAAUAUGACCAGGUCUGCGUAUUAAUUUACAGAAUUAUAAAAGACCUGUUCUUUGGGAUCUUUGCAGUGCAUGCAACAGUCUGUCAUAAUUAUAAUUGUGAUUAUGAUGCAGUAUAGUUCCUGUGAAACCAUUUGGACAAUUUGACAAGAAAAAACCUGCUUUGCCUGGAUUUAAAGCCCAGCCUCUUGCAUACCUUCCCAAUAAUGCAAACAUUCACUUCCGUAUUGUUUAUUCAAAGCCUUGGCUGAAAGUGAUCGGCUGAGAGUGCUGGUUGGUGGGUUUGUCCGGUGUUUAAAGCCUGUCACUUCCAUUCAGUUUUCGAUGGAUAAUGUGAGGGUCAGGGCUUUGGGUGCAAGGAAAGACCAGUUUUUUUUUUUUUUGGUCAAACUUCUCUCGUGCUUUGACAGAAAGCAGUAGGAAGGUGCCUUUCUUGUUUUUAAAGUCAAAUCCACACACUCUAAAAAUAUCAUCUGGUACCUACACGGGGCAAACAACCUAGUAUUAUUUAGUGAGCACUCUAUUACUAUGCCAUAGGAGUAGGAAUGUUCAAACUGUUAAUGUGAGGCUUUUGAUUGGGCAUAUAUAUAUCUAUGACCUCUGUUGUAUUGAUCAAUGUUACAGUGUCCAUAAAAAAAACCUGUUUAUAAUAAAAUGAUAUAAGGUUUUAAGGUUAUCCACUAAUCUUUUAUUUUGCAGAUUUCAGAUCCUGUUCCUUACAAGAAAAAUCCCCUCAAGCGUUUCAGGUUCAGAGGAGGUAGGUAUUGAUCUGAAAUAGAUCUGACAUCCCAAUGUGCAAAGGAACUUAAUCUAUUUCUUACAAUUUGUCCUCCGUGUUUGGGAAAAACUUGCAAGUACAUUUACAUGUUCAAUGUUGUGAUUGCUUAGAAAAGCAAGCACAAUAUCCCAUAUAAGCCGUGAAGUUCAUAUCAACUGGUAGCUGUCAUGUCAUUAUUGACAAGCAAUUUGACUAGGCUUAAAUGGUUAUUAGACGCACUAAAACAACUUUAGCUUAAUGAAGCAGUUUUAGUGUAUAGAUCAUGCCCCUGCAGUUUCACUGCUAAAUUCUCUGCCUUUUAGGAGUUCAAUCACGUUUUUUUCUGUUUAUGCAGCCCUAGCCACACAGCCUGCAUGAAAACAGAAUGGUUUUCUUUUUCAAUCAGAUGUUAAUUUGCUUUCGAAGUUUUUAUCUCCUGCUCUGUAAAUUAAACUUCAAUCCCUAAUUCAUUUGGCGUUGCCUAUUUCAUAAACACACAAGAAAACUAAAAAGUAUUGACUUUAAUUGCAUAAAGUGACUUAUUGGCAUUAAUGGCAUAAAGACUGACAUGGGCUGUUUUGUGAAUGGUUCUAAGCAUCCAUCAUUUGCUUCAGGAUCCAAAAGGUUGUCCGAGAAUCGCAGGAAACGUAAGCGUUUGAGGCUGCCGGGGAAAUUCCAGAAGAAACGUGUGGUUUCCCGUGAAGCUCUGUGUUCCGAGGUAAUAAUAUGAUCCAUCAACAUCCUCUUCUCUCAUCAUCAGUGCAAGUAGGUGACCGUUUGCAACACAAGUUGAGACACCUUGUAUAAAAUGCAUUGAAAUUUAAUUUUAGAAAAUCUUAGUAGAUUUUAUUUGUAUUCAUCUUUAGUGGACCUGGUAUGUGACAUGCGUGGACUCCGAAAGUUGCCUGAGCAGUGCACCCAUUUAGAUCCUGUUUCCUAUUUGUCCUAAUUAGCAAUACAUACAUUGAGCUACUCUGCAGCUUAUUUUUACUAUUUAUUGCAUCAUCAGAGUCCUAGAUCCUCAGUCACACUUUCGCCAAUAAGCAACACUUUCAUGUUGAAGAUGUGCGGCCUUUGCUUAUUCUCUUAUGCCUGAAAGGUGGCUUUGCUUUUAUUCCGAAGCGGACAUAAUGCUUUUCGUCAAGGACUUUGGGAUGAGCGGUAUUUUUUUAUUUUUAUUUUUAUUUACUUAGUGCAAAAUAUAACAUACAGGCCUGUGAUGCCACGACGGCAUGAACAGGCGUAUUGCAAGAACAUAGGUAAAUACAGUGUCGUGGCUACAUGAGAACUGCACCAUUUUUUUUUUUUUUUCGUGAACGUAUGUAGAGACAAAUCUAUUAACUGAUCGAGUGUACAUGCUGAGCAUGCACAUCCAGCUAUAGCCUAUAGGCUAUAGUUGAUCAGUGCAUAAGCAUCUAUGCCUAUAAAUGGUGACAUCAUAUCAAGUCGAUACUGCAUAGUGGACAAGACUGUGUGACAGGCUAAAACAUUUGAAACUCAUAGAUUGGCGAUUGAGCUUGGACACGUUGCUUAAUAUUGAUCUAUUAAGACCUGCACUAGGACAGUCAUGGUUAGGUAGGAACUGAACUAUGAUGCAAAGUAGGCUAAACUGAAACUUGCGUUGCUCUGUAGUUCGGAGCCUAAUGCAAGGACAUUGAACCUUUGAAAUAAAAUAUACGAUAAAAUACAAUAACUUAAAUAACUUCCGUUGGGGCGAAGCGUAUUUGUUGGGUAAGCUGGUAGGUAAUGUACCAGGUCUUUCUGGGUUUGGUCAGAGGUUGAAACUGUAGUACCCCAGUCUAAUGCUGCUUAAGUUACCCCAGGGGUGGUAGAAUAUGGGGGGGAGAGUUUAAGGCAGCUAUAAAGUGUUUGGCGUGGUGGUGCCGUGGGUGGCUAGCUGUAGUGAGGGUGCCUAAAGAGAAGAAACCUCAAAAACACCUUAACAUGCAUUCAAGUUUAAACAGUGAGAGGAUUGGCUCUGCUAAGAACCGGAGGUCUGGAAGCAGGUCGGCACUUGUGGCUGCAUCAGGUUGUGGCCGCUGCGUGAGCCGCUGUGUCGGCCCGUCUGGGAACGAAUGGGGCCACUUUUGCGGCAUCCCAGGUGGAGGAUUGUGCUGGUGUGAUGUUUUUUUCUGUGAGGGGCAUGGAGUCCAUUUGAAGUCCCAGGGUAGGCAGCAGUUCUUUUGCCCCCUGCAUGUCCCAGAUGUUAGAGGCAGUGUUCAAGACCCUCUGCAGUUGUAUUGGACAUUGUGCUGGAGCAGGAGAGCCGUGAAGGACUGGAGCGAGCGUCGCCAUGCCAGAGUGGACCCGGAUAGGUCUGCAUAAAAAGAGAGCUGCGUGUUUUCAAAUAGGUAGGGUGAGCGGUUCCGUGUGACUUGUAUCACUGCUGCUUUGUCCCCUUGGUUUUGGAAGCAUAGCAGGAGAUCUUGCGGUGCCAUUGUUGGGGCCUUGGUUGCUCGUGGUAACCAAAACAUUCACUCUAUAGGCACUUGCCUGGCUGGCUUGGGAGAUAGGAGGGCCUGCAGAAGUCGCCGUAUCACAUGUGGCAGCUUGGCCUCCGGUAUCUCUUCUCCGAUACCUCAGAUCUUGACGUUCAGACUGCGUCUCUGAUCCUCCAGUGCCGCAAAGCGUUGAUCAUGCAGGAGUUUUGUUGUGUGUUUUGACGAGAGUCAGCCUCCAGUGUACCCAGACGGCCUGUCAGACCAUACAGGUCCUUACGAAGUUGGGCCGUUGUCGGCCUGUACUGUGAGUUGGAGCCCCACUAGUAGUUCCUUCAUGACAGUGGUCACCGGAGAGGAGUCUGGAGAGGUGCCAUCACGGCAGGUGAGUGCUCCACUUCCACCUCUGUUGUAAAGUAGUCGGAGACAUCAGAGCAUUCGUCAUUAUAGGCGGCCAUGUUUGGGCCCUGGGCGCUGAGCGGUUGUCUCCAGAGGUCACCGAUAUUUAGGUUUUGCCGCAGUUUGUCGGACUUGGGCUUUUUUGUUUUUUGGCCCAUGUCGGUGGCAGCGGUCCGUGGGUCAGUUUGGUGCCGGUUUCGCCAGGUUGGGGCUGUGAUUGCGGGCCCGGAAUGCUUGUUUUGUGCAGAACUCAUGCGGAAUGCAGCCAGUCAGGUCAGUUGCUUGGCUCCUCCCCUAAUAUCAUCGAUGAGCGGUAUUUUCAUCAUUCUACAAUUUAGGUUUGCCAUACCCAGCUGUACAAUCAUCACUAACUUCACUAUUUUAGUUCGGAAUCACCCGUGUGAUGAUAAACUCCAAUAUUGGGAAUAUUUUUUUGAAUUUUUUUGAAUUCUCAGAAUGUAUGUCCAUCACUCGCAUGUAGACCUGCCCAUUCUUAGUGAAUUGCCAAAAAUUAAAAGUUAAUUUCAAUUUAGGCCACACAUAGCCAAUAUGAAAAUUUAGGCGAGUUGGAACACGAGUUCACUUUGUUAUAUCAAAAUCUGCCCAUGUUCAUACACUUAUCUGUUAAGAUAAAAAAUAACAAUUUAAGAAUUAAAUGUGACAGAUAUUAGUGCAAAUAUUUCUAUAUGGAUGAUGAUUUAAACAACGAAGAGCUGGUUUUGGAUGUUUUGGCACUGUUUUUAAAGCAAUGGAAUACAUCUGUUAUUAUUCAGCUUUUCUAUUUAUUAAACCACCCAGUGUCUGUUUCGAUUACUGCAGCAAAGACUCCAUUUGAUUUGCAGAUCAUGGCCAUUAUUACAGCGAUAUGAAUAGGAAUUAUAAACUCUGCAGAUUUGAGGGUUUCAUGUUUGGUUUGUUUUUUUCACAUCACAAGCGCACACACAACAUGUAUGUAAUAAAACAUUUUUGUUUUAAAAACACACAUUUAUAGGAUUUAACAUUUACAUCCCCUUAUAGUAUUUGUUUAAAAAAAAAUCUAACUAGACAUUUUUUUUUUUUUUUCACCCUGGUUUGUGGGUGGCCUCCCUCCUUUAACAGCCAACUAUUUUAUAAAAUUUUUAUAAUUCACUCACUCCCUGUCCUCCCCUGCUCAGAGUGAGCGCAUAUGCUCUGAGCUGGUAAAAACGGUCUAAUCUAAUUAGACUAUAGAGAGGGAGACCGUGACAUCAAACGGGGAUUACAGGUAAGUCCAUGCUUGUUUUGCCUGUUUAGAAGUGGGGGACACUGAAAUUAUUUUCUUUCAGCUUUGUUUAUUCUAAAUGUAUAUAUUUUUAGUGAGUAUAGUUUCAAAUGGUGGUGUAGUUAUUUAAAUUUUCUUUUUUAAAAGGGGUACUGGCUGCAUCAUGACCACUUUGGAUUUUCCAAUAGGGCAUUGGUUUUAUCAUCCAUUAAAAAACAAACACAUAUAGACUAUGUUCUCCAUAACCUCCACAAUAUAUUUAAUUGAUACUAAAGACAAAAGCCAAAGAUACCAUGGAAAGAAAAAAAUCCAAGGUAUACACACACUAUUGUCUGCCACAGAGAGUCAAUUUUUGGAGAUAUUAGUGUGGUUAUUAUAAGGAAAUUUCAUAUACAGAUAAAAACCCUUUUUCCAAUUGCAUUAUUGUAGCGAUGAGUUUCCUCGACGCUGGCUCCUCCUUGCCCGACGUCCUUGCUAAUGGGAACCUAAUGUGUUUGCGUGACAAAUGAAGCGCGUGCAUUAGAUCUUCCCCAUAGAAAAGCAUUGCAUUGAUGCUUUCUUAUGGGGGUGUUGAAAAUGCUGGAAGUCCUCCUUCUAAGAGUAAAAAAUAAAAAGUUAAUCUGUAAAACAGCAGGAAGCACCUCUAGUGGAGACAACCACUAGAGACAUUCUGAGCCCUGCAAUGAAAACAUUGCAGUUACUCAUAAACUGCAGUGUUUUCAGCAUGGUUAAGGGGACAGGGACACUGCACCCAUAACACUUCAAUGAGAUGAAGUGGUAUGGGUGCCUAUAGUGUCUCUUUUAGGCUGGCAAAGCACAAUGGAAUAUGUAAUUCAGCUGGGGACAUGCCUUUUGGCCACACUGUUGUAAGUAAUAUGUUAAUCAUUUGAUACUGUUUUGUUUUAUUUGAAAUAGAGGAAAGAUUAAAAAUGUCUGUCUGAUUUACUUUGGGAAAAGAACAAUGUAUCACAUGCAAACACACCUGAAGUUUUUUUACAAUGGCAAUCGCUCAGCCAACUCUAUGUAUCAUAAGAAAAGAUGUAACAGUACUGAUAUGUUUUUUUUGCAGAUGGAGCUGCAUGAGAAUGGGGUGGCAAGCCCAAGUGACACAGCAGAUGAUGGACUAGAACAUGAGCAUGGGGGUCCCUUAUCAAAGAAAAUCUCAUCUGAGCGUGGCGGGGGAGCUGCUAUGAAGGAGAAUGUGUGUCAGGUAAUACCCCAAAUCCUAUUUUUACCUUCACUCUAGGCUAUAGUGAACUGUUUGUGUGAAGUUUAAUGUUCUACCAAUUUUAACAUUGGUCAGUAUGGCAGUCUCAUUUUACAUACCGAAAUAGAAAUCUAGAACGUGUAUUGCAGGCUGUAGAACUGCCUAACAGUGUAGAGCAGGGGUUUCAAAGUUGGCCCUCCAGCAUUUAAUGGAAUUCUCCACUUUUCCCAAUGAAAUCAAUCCAUUUUCUACAUUUGCCUUUACUCCUCUUUUUCUGUUUAGGUAUGUGAGAAGCCAGGGGAGCUCCUGCUCUGUGAGUCACAGUGCUGUGGUGCAUUUCACUUGGAGUGUCUUGGCAUGGACUCCAUGCCAGAGGGAAAGUUUAUCUGUCGAGAGUGCUCUUCAGGUAUGAAGUAGGGUUACUGUAGCUGAACUAGCAUUCAUCAAUUCACUAAAUUCCUUGCUCAAAACUGUAGUAAGUCUCAUCUGUACUCAUAUUUCUUUCAUAUAGAUCCAUUAUAGUGUCUUUGGCUUCUAGACAUGCAGGCUACACAUGAUAAUGUAAUUCUAACAGCAGGAGUCAAGAAUUGUGUGUUUCUAGGAAUAUUUACUGCCAUAAAUAUUUAGGCAUUCAAAUCACGUAAGCUCUGAAUCAACUGUGUACUGGGAAUUUUUAGUAAAAUUCUUGUUUUAGCAAACGGACCACUUACUCUUUCACACAGUAAAUUAGUUAUAUACUUUAUCUACGUUACCUUUUUAAAAGUUACAUUACUGCUUAAAGUAACACACUAGCGUUAGUAUUGUAACUAUUUAGAUGGGCACGUCCGCAUGAGCUGUAAAAAAAAAAAACAAGAUUUACUCACCUUGUAGCCCUUGUUGCCUCUCUGUGCUGUCAGUCCCAGCUCCUGCCUGAGAUAAUCCUGAUCACAGCCAAUCCAAUCCAGUGUUUCCCCAUAGGGAAGAGAGGCUAGUGCAUGUGUGCAGAAAAUGACUGCACUACUCCGAUCAGUAAUUCCUCGUAGAGAUAUACAUUGAAUAUCUUCAUGGACAUUAGUCUAUGCAGGAAGAAGAACUGAGCAGUGAGACUGCAUGGACAUGAUGUAUACACCAAAACUGCUUCUUUAAAGUUCUUUUAAUGCCUAUCGUGUUCCUUUUUAACAAACACUGCUUUAUGUUUUGUUUUUUAUUACUAAAUACCUAUUUAUACGGCUUUUAAAAGAAUGCUAAUAUUUAGGAGACCUUCGCGCGUCAGUGUCUUUAUCUCUCAAUUCAGGUGUCCACACCUGCUUUGUGUGCAAGGCCUCUGAUCAGACAGUGAAACGAUGCCUGGUCUCCCUGUGUGGAAAGUAUUAUCAUGAAGAAUGUGCUAUUAAAUACCCUCCGGCUAUUCAGCAUAAUAAAGGUGUCCGCUGCUCUCUGCAUAUCUGCACGACUUGCCAUGCCACCAACCCCAGCAACCCAUCUGCCUCUAAAGGUUAGUUUUUGAGAACUCAGACCUUAUAUUACUAUUAUAGGUAUAAUACACCAUCCACACAAGUGAAAAGCCAGACCUAAAACAUGUGUGGUAACCCAUAAAUGAAUCUGCACUUUGAAAUGUACUGGUAAUCUUCAGAAUGACUAUUUUUUUUUAAAUGCCGUACAGUCAGUCUUGCAAAUUCGCUAGCACAUAUUUAAAGGGACACUAUAGUCACCAGAACAACUACAGCUUACUGCAAUUGGUCUGGUGAAUGUAAUCAUUGCCUUUAGGCAUUCUCAUGCAAACACUGCCUCUUCAGGGGAAAAGCAGUGUUUACACUGCCCCUAGGGACACCUCAAUGUGGCCACUCCUCAGAUGGCCACUGGAGGUGCUACCUGUGGCAGUGCUGCACAGUAGGCAGCACUCCCUUUCAGCGUCUGCAUGGGGACACUGCAUUUUCCUCAUAGAGAUGUAUUGAUUCAAUGCAUCUCUAUAAAGAAGUGCUGAUUGGCCAUCCCCAUCCCAACCCCUUGCUGAUUUUAGCCAAUCCAAUGCUUUCCCUUUUGCUAAAAAUUGGCAAUUCUGAAGAUAUCAAGGAGGUGGAUCGGGGACGUGGCCGACGCCGGCAGAUCCGCGCGGCGCUGGAAAUAAGGGGAGUUUUAAUUACUUUUAAGGGGGCUGGGGGGAGGAGGGGGGGCCAAGCCAUCUAAUUGGUGGGUUUGACACUAUAGGGUCAGGAAUACAUGUUUGUGUUCCUGACUCUAUAGUGUUCCUUUAAGUUUGAUCAGUGGUUCUUAAAGGAACACAUACCAUUGUGGUUUGUUCGUUUUUUUUUUUUAAACUAGUAGAUGUACCCCCAAUGAAGACAUGUAUGUAUUUUUUUUUUUUUUCUGCAUGUUGUCUGUGAGGUAUAUGGAAAAAGUAGCUUGCAAAAACUGCAGCCUUUGCAAGUCAUCAUGUGUAUUCCAGGCACAGACUUUCACUAAGAAGACUCGGUCCAGUGCUUCCCAGUGAGCUGUAAUACAAGCGGUUAGCGAUCCUGCAAGUUCCAUAAAGUCUGUGGACCUUAUGGGUUAAUUGAAGUGGGUAAGAAAAAAACCCUGUCCCGUGUUAGAAAAGCUUAAAGGACCACUAUAGGCACCCAGACCACUUCAGCUUAAUGAAGUGGUCUGGGUGCCUGGUCCAGCUAGGGUUAACCCUUUUUUUUUUUUUUUUUUAUAAACAUAGCAGUUUCAGAGAAAAACUAGUGUUUUCCUGGCACUAUAUUGGUCCUUUAAGUGCUUUGUGUCUGGAGUGUUGCAUUAGCACAUGGGUCAAGCUUCAAUACUGGUUUACCAGAAACAAAUGAGCUUAAAACAUUUCUGUACUGGCCUUUGAAUAAUGUGUGUCAUUUGUAUGAAGCCAAGUUGGUAAGCUGACUAAACUCUCACUUUGUAACAGGCCGCCUGAUGAGAUGUGUGCGCUGUCCGGUUGCAUAUCAUGCCAAUGAUUUUUGCAUGGCAGCAGGGACCGUUACGUUGGCAUCUAACAGUAUUAUUUGCCCUAACCACUUCACACCUCGUCGUGGCUGUAAGAACCAUGAACACGUCAACGUCAGCUGGUGUUUUGUGUGCUCUGAAGGUAAGCUGGUUUGACUGUGUGCCACAUAGAGUGCAAUGGUAUGGGAAACUAGAUACAUGUAGUUGCCGAUAACCUUUACCAUUGAAUAUAUUGAAUCACUGUAAUCUUUUGUAACUUUUGACUGUGGCCUUAAUUUUUCCUCUUGUAUUUAAUCCAUUGACUGCCAACCUCAUAAGGCUCACUUGCCCAAAAUGGGCUUGAAGGGCUAGCUACCUGCAUGUCAAAUGGCGUGGCUUGCAGUAGUCCUUCACCUCUUCUCGCUGUGUUAUUUACAUGGAUCCCAUGAUGAUCAUACCUUCACCCUGACAGUCUGUUCUAAAAAUCAGAACUGUCAGAGUGCAAAUAGCUCUGUAACGUAAUACAUUAUAGCACUCUUUACCCGACAGCACAGCCUAAAGCACUUCUACAGCAAGCUGGCAGUUUCUCGGAACAAUGUCUUGUAGUGUUUGGAUUGGUUCUCUGAUUGUGCUGUGCCCAAUAAGGCUGAAACAAGCUUUAAAUCUGUCCCCUUGCCUUUCCGUUUGUCCCUGAUCUCACCAACCAGCAGCAAGUCAGGUUACAUGGGAGCAUUACUGUGAGUGUUGCUGAUGCUGCUUGCUGGAGAGAAUAACAGUGUGAUUUGAGAGAUCACUAGCUGCUAGUGUGAUAAAACUCCCUGAUUACUAUAUUACAUAUUAUUGGCCUGGCCUCUACUAGGAAAAAUGCUAAACCGUUCAUGUGAUUACUGCUGUAAAAUAUCCCCUGUAGCGAAAGUAACCCCGCCACUGGUUCUUGGAGGGGCCUGCUUGCCAGCCUCUUGCCCCUGGACUAUGGCCCAUGUAUUAAACCUUGGUUCAGGACUGUGGAAAGGCUUUGUUUGUGCCUUUUCCCUGUUAUGGUUCGGUAUAUGGGGCUUACCAAGCGGAUUGUACUUAUUCUGUUUAGUUACCGAACAGUUGGACCACCCAGAACAGAAGUGUGCAGCCCAUUAACCUCCCUGACUUAUCUUUAACUGCAACGUUCUAAGUGGUUGGCAUCGGCCAUCUUUAGCUGCAAAUACAUACAGCGGUGUUUGGUCGUACCGCUUCCACCUCCGGUUAUGCUCGGUUGAAUUUAUAUGAACUCAGUGGCGUUCGGUUUGGCGUUUUGGGCAGGAGCUUCGUGUGCGGUCUGUUAAAUUAUGACCUCCAUGGAAUUCCCGAACCCCUGCAAUCUGGGUGAUUUUUGGAUAUGUUGGUCCCCCAUAUCGGGGCUAUCAGGGGAUAUGACUUUUGUGGGGUUUCCAAGUGUUUUAGGGGUGCUUUAGGGAGGUUGUUAAAAUGUUUUCUGUUCCUGGAGAUAAUUGGGUUAGUUCAGUUCCUGACUCAAUUAUCUCCCAGGCACACGGGAGGGAUUGACCUGUUUUGUAUGGUAGUGACCUGGACCUGAGAGCCAGUGUAAUCGUGUGUAUGUUUUUACUGUAGUCUACUCUCAGGUCCAGGGGGGGGGGAGUGCCCCUUGCAUUAUGACCUGCAUAUAAGUCCAGUUGUGGCUACCAUUAAACGGAUUCCUGCUUACCCUCUACAUAGUCUGAUCUCAUGUGUGGGGGAUACGGCUAUAUCACUCUGGGGAUUGCUAUAUGACUAUAUUCCCAUGGGAUUAUAAUCACUUAUUGCUACACUCUCUGGAAGCUGGAUCUUGGUGUUGGGUCAAGGGUGGGUGGAGGACAGCGAGACCCCAACCAAGCUGUAACGCUGGAAGUAGGGACUACAGUGCUGAUGGUGUCUGGUGGAGGGCUUGGAGUACUCGAUUACUAGGAAGCAACGAUUGGCGGAGUCCCCCAGUUAGGGUGCCAGGCAGUCCAUUCCAUCACACCCCCCUUCAUUUUAAAUUCCCUGUUAGUUGUGUUUUCAGUUUGCUUGUUAUGGCCUUAAAUGUAAAAUUAACUUUCAUUUUACUUUGAAUUUGCAGCAAUUCUCACCAUAGUAUAUUGUCCUGUAAAUGUGCCAAUUGCCUUUUAGAUGUCAUAGUAAUGUUUGUUACAAUAUGCAGUCCAUAUUCCAUGCUUUACAAAAAUUACAACACAUUACUUAAGAUGUUUGUACUGGAUCCAGUGCAAUGUGAGUAAUUAUGCAUAUAAUCAGCAAAUGAUUCAAGUAAUUAGCUCUCUUUGUGUUGAAUGGUUUGGAUAUAAAAUCUUUUUUUACGCUUAAAGAGAGAUCCUGAGUUAUUACCGCUUUGUAGUGAGUAAGCAGCAUGUCACUUGAUGUUAUAGUUUUUAUUAAUGUAUUAAUUGGAUUUAACUUGAAUGUUUCUUUUUAAUUGGUAGGAGGAAGCCUUUUGUGCUGUGAAUCCUGCCCCGCUGCUUUUCACCGUGAAUGUCUUAACAUUAACAUGCCCGAGGGCAGCUGGUUCUGCAACGACUGUAAAGCUGGGAAGAAGCCUCAUUACAAGGAGGUUGUGUGGGUGAAGGUGGGGAGAUACAGGUAAAGAGCUCUCAUACUGUUUGGCAUAAGAUACAUUGUUUCUGCAAUUGUCCCUAAUCUAUAUAAAUUCCUCCUUGAUGUUGACAAUCUCUUUAUUUUCAGGUGGUGGCCAGCUGAGGUCUGUCACCCCAAGAACAUUCCUGUGAACAUUCAGAAGAUGAAACAUGACAUCGGCGAGUUCCCUGUGCUAUUUUUUGGCUCUAAUGACUAUUUGUGGACCCAUCAGGCAAGAGUCUUCCCGUAUAUGGAGGGAGAUGCCCUAAACAAAGACAAAAUGAGUAAAGGAGUGGAUGCCACAUAUAAGAAAGGUAUAGAUUAUAGGUGAAGCUUUUAUUUAUUUUGUUCUUAUAAAUGCUUGAGAAUAUAAACAUAUCCAUUGGCUUUGAUUUCUUGCUAGGUCUAAUGGAGGCAGCAGACAGAUUUGAAGAACUCAAAGCUCAGAAAGAAAUGAGACAACUGCAGGAAGAAAAGAAAAAUGAUAAGAAACCUCCACCAUAUAAACACAUUAAGGUAAGAUUGAAAUUUGGGCUUAUUCCAGUACAUGGAGAUAAUCCAUCUGAGCUUUCUAUAAUCUCAGUUUGAAAAUAUGUAUGGUAGGCAAUAUUUAUAACUAAAGAAAUUAGAGACCAUUGAAACACAGACAACAGUUUUUAAUUGAGCUAAGCCGUGGUAGUCGUUCAAAUUGAACUAAAAUAGGCACAAACAAACAAAUUCUAUAUUAAUCACAUAUAACAUAUUUAUUAACAAUUUAACAAAACUUUAUUGAAAUUGUAUAACUCAAUGCCAGUCAGUCACAGGUAGCAUGACUGCCAAUAAUAAGUCCUUCUUUUGUUAUUAUUCCUAAAAUUGAAUUUGCCCCUAAAUUACUAUUAACACUACGACAAUAAAAAUACAAACGGGGGAAUUGGGUGAACAGUAACGGAGCUCCUUCACAACUGCAGCAGCAGUCUUGCUUUGCUCUAAGGGAGCAUAUAUAUAAUUCAAGCUUUGUGACCAUUUUAGCUUGAUUAACCAGUCCACAGAAACAGAUUUGUCAAUAGUUCUGCCUGUCUACUCUGUUCAGUCUGACCAGCCACCUCCAUUUAAUUUACCAAAUGAUCCAAGGAACCCACUAAACUACCUAGAUUUGACCUGACUCCCAACUUAACCCUUAUAUUGCCACCAUACAUAUUCUGCCACAGUGCUUAAAUCCUGGGGCAUUCAAGAUCAAAGACAAGCUCCACAAUAUCAUACAGUUGUGCUCAAACAUUUGCAUACCCUUGGAGACUUGGUAAUAUAUGUAUCAUUUGUAAAGAAAACAUGAGUGAGCAGGCAAAACACAUUUCUUUUAUUUCUCAUUGGAUUCAUAUUCAGCUGUAGAUUAUAGAUUAUAGAAUGGCACACUCAUAAAACAAAACCUGGCAACAAAGAAAAAAAAUGAAAUGACCCCUGUUCAAAAGUCUGCAUACCCUUGGUUCUUAAUACUGUGAAUUUCCCCCUUCAGCAUCAAUGACAGCAUGCAGUCAGUUUUGUAAAAGUUGUCUAUAGGACCACUAAUUAUUGCAGGUGGAAUAGCUGCCCAUUCAUCUCUGGAAAAGUGCCUCCAGGUCAGGCAAAGUCUUUGGUUGUCUUGCAUGAACUGCACAUUUGAGAUCUUCCCAUAGUGGCUCAAUGGUAUUAAGGUCAGGAAACUGUGAUGGCCACACCAGAACCUUCACCUUUUUCUGCUGUAACCACUGGAGGGUCAGCUUGGUCUUGUGCGCAGGGUCAUUGUCAUGCUGGAAAGUCCAAGAGUGUCCCAUGCGCAGCCUUACUGCUGAAAAAUGCAAAUUGUCUGCCAGUAUUUUCUGAUAGUAUGCUGUAUUCAUCUUGCCAUCAAUUUUCACAAAAUUCCCCGUACUUGUAGAGCUCACACACCCCAAAACAUCAGUGAGCCACCACCAUGCUUUAUAGUGGGGAUGGUAUUCUUUUCACUAUAGGCCUUGUUGACCCCUCUCCAAACAUACCACUUAUGGUUGUGGCCAUAAAGCUCUAUUUUGGUCUCGUCAUGCCAAAUUAGAGUGUGCCAGAAGCAGUGAGGCUUGUCAAGAUGUUGUCGGACAUAUUGUAACCGGGCUUUUUUGUGGCAUUGGAGCAAUAAAGACUUCUUUCUGGCAACGUGACCAUGCAGUUCAUUUUUUGUUCAAGUAUCAUCGGAUUGUGCUAUUUGAAACAACCAUACAGUCUUUUUCCAAUGCUGCUUGUAUUUCUCCUGAGGUUACCUGUGGAAAUUCUUCUGGCAGUUGUGGCUGAAAUCUUUUUUUGGUCUACCUGACCUUGACUUAGUUUCAAGAGAUCCCCGAAUUUCCCACUUCUCAAUAAGUGAUUGAACAGUGCAUUUUCAAGGCUUUGGAUAACUUUUCCAUCUUUAGAAAGUUCCAUUACCUUGUUACGCAGGUCUUUUGACAGUUCUUUUCUCAGUAUCUAGUAUCUCAGUAUCUGGCCUGCUCAGUGCAUCCAAGUGAGAACUAACAAACUCAUUGACUAUUUAUACACUGAUACUAAAUGCAAUUUAAAAAGCCACAGAUAUGGGAAAUUAACCUUUAAUUGCCAUUUAAAUGUGUGUGUGUCACCUUGUGUGUAUGUUACAGGGCUAUUUGUUUGAUUUCUGUCCUCAUUGAUCACCCAAAUUAUUAAAAAGGAGCCAAACAACUAUGUGAUAAUAAAUGGCUUCAUAUCUUAACUUUUUUUUGUAAUUAAAUAUUUUUUAUUGGUUUUAUCACAAAAUACAUAAAACUCAAAUACAAAUUUCUUCACAAUAAUUUCACUUUGACACAAUGUUACAUAAAACAUACAAAACAAUCGACCUGUCAGUUAACAAUAUAUUAUAACACAGUACAGGUAUUGCCAUAUAACUGUCAAUUGGCUCAACAUAUUGUCCUCAUCCCGGUCCUCAUUACGCAAUUUCCCCUAUAACAAACACAUUCACCAAGCCUACAUCUUAAUCAAUUUUUAACACCCAUACCCUAAAAAUGAGGAUAAGCUGAAGAUAUGACCAACUUCUAUACUAAAAGAGGAGACGCUAUACAAAUAUAUAUAAAAAAUAGAAAAGUAUAAAGAUCAUAAAAAAAUAAAUAAAAUAAAAAUAACUUUAAGCCAAGGAAUGAGACAAAUCCCAAGAGGUAUCUUUGGGUGCCUAUACUUAAACUACCACACACAUACUGCAUUCAUUGUUCCAAGAAUCUAACGGGACGGUGGGCUGACGAAGAGGAGUAACUAUAAUAAGUUUUAUCCAAGGGUCAAACAAUAAUCAUCCCAGAGUGCCCAUCUAUAUUUCGAAUCUGUAGAAUCCCCUAAGUGCCCAUCUUCUCUUUCUAAUGUUCUAUUUCUCUGCAUCACCCUCUCUACUUCUGACCACUUUGGGAGCUCUCCGCCCUUCAUAUCUUAACUAUCCUUUAAUAAGUGACAUUUUGUUUGCAUGAUCAGUAAUUUUUUGCAAAAUCAAUGCCAACAUUUUUCAAAAUUUCUGCCAAGGUAUGCAAACUUUUGAGCACAACUGUAUGUGUUUUUUGAUAAAACUAUGACACAAAAUAAUAGUCUACUUUUUUUGGAAGGUCAACAGACCUAUUGGUAAGGUGCAGAUCUUCACAGCAGACCUGUCUGAAAUCCCACGUUGCAACUGCAAAGCAUCUGAUGAAAACCCAUGUGGCCAGGACUCGGAGUGCAUUAACCGCAUGCUACUGUAUGAAUGCCAUCCACAAGUCUGUCCAGCUGGAGAGCGCUGUCAGAACCAGGCCUUUUCUAAACGCCAGUACCCAGAGGUGGAGAUCUUCCGAACACUAAGCAGAGGCUGGGGGUUACGCUGCAAAUCUGACAUUAAAAAGGUGUGUUGAGAUUUUUGUCCCUAUAUUUUAAAUCUGCAAGCUCUGCUGCCCUUUACAUAUAUUGAAAAUGGCACAUUUUAAUCUGUAAUGUUUUUUGUUUGCUUUCAUAGACUAGAUCAGUGAUUCACAAACUUUUUAAGUUUAAGGUACCCUUAAUAUUUUAAAAUCUUUCCAAGGCGCACCGAAUCAAAUUUUUUUCAAGAUUGUAUAUAUGUACAGAACAGCGGCAUAUACUGGGCCCCUGUUCGACAGAAAUGCCUGCCGUUUAAGCGCAGAUCCAGAACCUAAUCUUGGGAGGUGCACUGGUAGAUUAUUUAACGAAACAAUCCAGGCACAAUAACCACUGUUUAAGAACAGUUUCACAACUUACCUGGGAUCUGCCAGGCUGUAGUAGGGGAUAGGGGCAGUAGUGUGUGUGAGGGGUGAAAUGUUUGUGUGGGGGGAAGGGGAUGGUGUGCGAGGGGUGCAGUGAGUGUACGGGGGUGCAUUGUGUUUGUGAAGGAUGUAGUGUGUGUGCAUGCAUGUGGUGCAGUUUGUGUAUGAGGGGUACAGUGUGUGGGGCUGUAGUGUUUGUGAGGGGUACAGUGUGUGUAGGGGGGGUUAUUGUGUCUCUGUGGGGGUAGGAGGGCAAAUAAAUAUAUGUAUUUUUUAUUUUUUUCUCCCUCCCUGCUCACCUUUGCCUGGGAGGGGGGACAGUGCAAGACAAUCCCUGGUGAGCUGCAGCUCAGGCUAGAGAUCACUCUCGCAAGAUUUGGAGCGUUUCCACUGUAACCACGGCAACGCUCCAAGCUUGUGAGAGGAGAACACGGCAGAGCUGCAGGUUAGAGCUCCCCUGGGUCCAAAAACCCCCACCUCCCCUGCCGGCAUUACACUGCUAGCAGGCCUGAGAGGCCUGCAGAGCUGGCAAGGGAAAGAGAGGCACAGUUCCCGGUGCUAUGAUCAUUUGACCAUUAGUUACACCUCCCCAUAGGAAAACACUGAAUCAGUGCUUUCUUAUGGGGAAAAAAAAUCUGACGCUGGAUGUCCCCAUGCAGAACAUGAAGACGUACAGUGUCCGAUACCGGACCAAAUCUCUGUUUGCAUGCAGGAAUCGCUUCCAGUGGCUGUCCGCGAGACAAUCCUAUUAAUGUUUUUAAUUUAGUUUUUUUUGUCCAGGCAUAUGUAGCUCUUUUGUACCUUAUUCUCUGUGUUAACUUAUAUGGUUGUUCUGUAUGUAUUUCCCAGUGUCUAUGCAUCCUUUCAUAUGCUUACGUAAUGAAAAUGUACUUUUGUACUUACAGGGUGAGUUUGUCAAUGAGUAUGUGGGUGAAAUGAUUGAUGAGGAAGAGUGUCGCGCUCGGAUUCGUUAUGCCCAGGAACAAGAUAUCACAAAUUUCUAUAUGCUUACACUGGACAAGGUAUGUAGAAAGAUUGUGUAUGUGUUGGAAUGUAUGUAAGUAAUAUAGGGUGUUCCUUGUUGAAUGGAUAUGUAGUGUAUGCAUCUGUAUAAAGGUUUACUUGGUUAAAUUCAAUCCUAUUAAUUAAAGAGGAAAAAUAAAAGACAAGCAACUGGGGGAAAAAAGGCAAAUCUUUUAGUAAUUAUUUGAAUUCCUGUGUACAAUUGGAAAUCUUAAUAUAGAUUUAAAUAUUUUGAUCUUGUUACAGAUUAGAUUUGGAUAUACGCAGUGGUUUCCUCCAUAUUUAACUAUAACGUUUUUUUCCUUUUUUUUGUUUUGUUUGUGUUGUCCUCCUCCAUCCAAAAAUCUUAACUGAUUUGAUGUAAAGCCAAAUUAAAGAACCUUAAACUACAUAUACACAAUACAUUCUGUAACUUUGUUCCAGGACCGGGUAAUUGAUGCAGGGCCAAAAGGUAAUUUUGCACGAUUUAUGAAUCACUGUUGCCAGCCCAACUGUGAGACUCAGAAAUGGACUGUGAAUGGUGAUACUCGUGUUGGGCUCUUUGCCCUCUGUGACAUUAAAGCUGGUAAGUGGAACAUCACUUAACUAUGGUUGGGUUUUAUGGCUUCAUAUAAUAAUGGAUUUGGUAUAGAUUGAAAAACUAUCAUAUUAAGCCUUAUUUAUUGUUUACUUUUUGGUAGUGCUUAUAUAGUAUUCGAGUAGGAUAGAGAUACUAUGAUGACACAGACUGUAAUGUGGCCUACUUGACAAAUGUACUUUGCCAACUUAAUGAUUUUUGUUCCUUCCCUGCCCCAUACAUUAUCUCCUAUUUUAACUGGUUAACUUACAUGUUUACCAUUUCCCCAAGUGCAUUUAAAGUCUGUAAAUAUGCCUUAAUCAUUUGAAUAUAAAUGCUAUAAUUUAUGUUGGCAGGCACUGAGCUAACAUUCAACUACAACUUGGAGUGUCUUGGCAACGGGAAGACAGUUUGUAAAUGUGGUGCUCCUAACUGUAGUGGCUUUCUCGGCGUGAGACCCAAGGUGUGUUGCCUGAACAAUUGGUUGACAAAAGGGGGGGGGAACAGUGGAAUGAUGCAUAUUUUUCUCUUUUUUUUUAUUUUUAUUAUUAUUAUUGUGUUUGUAACAGUCAGUGGAGGAUAACCGGUUAUUUUAUCUUUUUGUGGGUGAAAACAAAUAGCUGUUGUGAUGUCUUUUGUUAGUUUGUCAGGGCUAACAAACCACUUUUCAUGGGAUUUUAAGUAAUAUACUGCACAUAUUUAAGAGAACUCAAUAAUGUUUAAAAGUUAAAUAGAGCCUGUCUUGUUUGUUAAACCUAUUAUGGAACUAACUUAUUAUAGUAAUAUACAUGAUUUGUGAGUCUUUCAAGGCACUGUCUGGCACAUAAUGGAUAUAUCUUGGUAUGCCAUGAUACAGUGCAUUUAAUUAGUUGUAGUCCUUGAACAUAAAUAGUUUCCUUGGAAGGAUAGAACAAGCUUUUGAGCUUGACCCAGCCAAAAAUAGAAGCGGCCCACAGGGAAAAAACUAUAACAAUCCUGUCUGGGCUAUUUCUUACAAUUGAAUAACGUUUCUUGUAGUUUACCUGGUGGAGUGCUAUUCUUUUGGCUUGCUUUUAGUGGCCAAGCUCAUUAUGCUUUGCUUUGGAGUGGAAUCUCAGCUCUGGUUUCUGCUGGUACAGGCUUGUGUUUUUUUGUGUUUUUUGCAGCCUCUGUGCUGGUACAAUUUUACUCAUUGGAAUGCUCAGUGAACAUGUCAAUAUGGGAAUAAGAUACAUGUUCUAGGUAACCUUGUAAUCCCAGAGGCCUCUUUGUUGGCAUUGUGGUUAUGGAGCUCUGCAAAAUUCUAUUAAGCUAUUUGCAGAUUUAUGCACCAGUGGUAAAAUGUUCUUUUUUGUUUAACAUUUGCAUUUUAUAACAUUUUAUAGCUUCCAUAUUAAAAUCCUGAAUUAUGUAACAAAGAUCUUUUAUUCGUAUUCAGAAUCAGCCAAUCGUUUCAGAGGACAGAGCGAGAAAGAAGAAGUAUAGAAAACGCAAGGCACGCGAAUUGGUGAAAGAGCACGAAGAUGAAUGUUUCAGUUGUGGAGAUGGGGGUCAACUUGUGUCUUGCAAAAGGCCAGGGUGCCCAAAAGUGUUCCAUGCAGACUGUUUAAGUCUAACUCGGAGGCCUGCUGGUAUGUCACCCUGCUACAUAUAGCAUGAUACUUAAAGUAAAAUAAUUGUACAGGAAACGUACAGAGCUAAGGUUUAUUCACAUAACCAUGAAUUUCAGUGAGCAUGAACUUUGAGUUUUGGUUUUCAAUCCACUACAAUUUGUAGUUAAGUGAAUAAUCCCAAAUAUUAAAUGCUUAGAUAAUCAGUUCCUGAACUAGAACCUUGAAGUUUUGAAAAAAAUUAAUUAUGGGGGAAAACAAAAUUCAUGUUGGUAUUUUUAGAGGAACAUUGAAAGACUUGGACAAAUAGCUGUUGGAAUCAGAUUAGUCAGUCAUGUGAUUAAUUCUACAUGUUAGAUUCAGCAUUAGAUUAGGCACUAAAUGUUUUUCUAAGUGGUUUUUUUAAAUCUGAUUAGUAGUUUGACUUUGGAGCAGUUUUGUAAAAUGAAUGUAUAGAGUUUAAAGCUUGCACAUAGCACUCAUACUUUUCUUUUUGUUUGUUUGUGUUCAUUAUAUGGUAUUCAUGUAUUUUUAUUUAUUUUAUUAUUCUUAUUCUAGGUAAAUGGGAGUGCCCAUGGCAUCAGUGUGACAUCUGUAGGAAGGAGGCAGCUUCUUUCUGUGAGAUGUGUCCAAGUUCCUUCUGUAAGCAGCACCGAGAGGGCAUGCUCUUCAUCUCAAAACUUGAUGGACGAUUAUCUUGCACUGAGCACGAUCCAUGUGGACCUCAUCCCUUAGAACCUGGAGAAAUUCGAGAAUAUGAGAACUCCUCUAGUGAGCAGUGUGAUUCUGCAGGUCCUUCCCCAAAGAAAGAAACUGUGGACAAUGCAAAGGAAAACACAGAUUCUCACAAGUUAAAUCCUUCGUUAAAAAAAGUGCUGCUAACUCCAACAGUGUCCAGCACCUCGGGGUCUGGGAAAGUUGUCCUGGCUCUUGGUACAAACUCUAAAACUACUGGGAAGGCAAAUUUGGGAUCCUCUGAGCAGAAAUCUGUGCCAGCUGGAAAAAUAAUUCUUGGAUCUGGUCAGAAUUCUGUAGCUGGUAAGAAGUUAUUUCUGGCCUCUACUGGUCAAAAGUCUUUACCUUCUGGGAAAGUACUCUUGACUACUCUGGGGAAAAAAUCCCUAUCUUCUGGAAAGGUUUUGUUAGCUUCUUUUGGUAAAAACCAUCUGCCUGCUGGGAAGGUAAUGUUGGCACCUGUUCGUAAGAACUCUUUACCUUUUGGUAGGGUGCUUCUAUCCUCUUCAGGAAAGCCGCUUUUGUCAAAUGGAAAAAUUGUUUUGUCAUCAUCUGAAAAGCACCAAUCAACAGCUGGGGAGGGAAUGUUGACCUCGACUGUAAAGCAGCAGACUUUGGGUGGAAAAACCUUGCUAUCUGAUGAAAGCAAAACACAAACCAAGUGUGAGUCUGCUGCUUCCUCGACUCUUCAGUUAACCAAAACACCACUGUCUCUUGCCCCAGUAAAAAAUAUAAAUAAACCUUCUUUACUGAAAUCAUUGACUAAAAAAAAAAGCCAGAAACAAGGGCCAGGCUCCACAUCUUCAAAAGAAAGACUAGUAAAUGCUAAAGGUAAACCUUCAAAUAUAGAUGCAAGGGGUUGUCCUAAAACCUUGCUAAACAAAUCAUCCACUCUAACAUCUCAAGAACCUUCAGAAGCACUCAAGGCAAGGUCAACCACAAAGGAGAAGCUACUCUCAGUAAGCCCAUUAGAGGAACCUGUAAAUUCUAUACAGAAAUCUUCAAAUAUAAUCCAAAGAGAGCAUCCUAAGAUCCCUAACGAGUCUGUGUCCAUGCCAGAAACAUCUUCCACCCACAAAGCAAAAGACCAGCCUGUAGGUCCUGCAGAAGAGUCUCCUCUUUCUACCCCCACAGAGAUACCCACUAGCCCUGUAGAACAUUCAGUCCCCUCUGUUUCAGAAAAAGACCCACCUAUUUUACUUGGACAGAACAUUUCUUCUAGUUGCCGGCCUUCAGCCCUUCCCAGACCAUUACAGGAAUCUGCCUGCUUUGCCACUCUUGAAGAAAAUAAAUGAAGGAUGGAGUGUAGAGCAGAAUGAGAAAAGACUAUGCUGAACCAAGGGAGAUAUGUUAUAUUUGGAAUACACAAGUAUUGUGUGGGAACGGCUGUAACAUUUUUACACUAUAAAGAAAAUCCUCUGCAGAGCUAAAUGUCAAAAUCGCAUAUGGGCAAACAAUCUCCCUUGCCCCCACCCCCUCACCUCAGAUGUCCCUAGCCUUUUGCAGUCAAGGCUUGCUGUCACUGAGCCCCUAACAUCCAAUGGGUUUUUAGUAAAAUGUGUUGAUGUGGAUGCAGGGGUUGUUCACUCAGUGAUGGAAGACAAUGCUCUUAACAAGGAGUCACUAUUCAGAAGCAAUAAGGCACUUCAGUCAGCAUAUUAUGGUCAGCAGAUUCUUGUAACACUGGGUUUAGUGACUAAUAUAAUAGAGAGGUGCCUUAUUACAAUGAAGUGUAGUAAUAUGUGAACGCUUUGGGGAGCUUUAAAUUUAAGUGCCAGGGGGUGAGCACUAUUGGUCACUGUUCUGUCACUAAAAUGGCUUUCCAACGAAUCUUGAAAGGCGUGUGAGAGAAUGAUGAUGCCGAGCUACUUUUAUUAAUGAUGACACAAAAUGAAUUCUACUAGUUUUUAGUUUGUUUUUUUAAUUGCUAAAAAAAAAAAAAAGCUAGCGAGGCAUCUAGUAAAAAUCAUGUCUCCACAGCUUACCUGUCAAUGCCAAACUAAAACUUUAAUUCCUAAGUCAGUUGAGGACAAUGUCUGCAGUAUUAGGCCUUGAUAUGACUUCCUGAAUUGCAUCAACCUGUCAACAAUACAGACUUUUCUGCCACCAUCACUGCUUGGUGACUUCUGUCCAAAACGCUGUGAGCUGUGUUUGUGUGUAUGUUUAGGAAAUCAAGGACUGACUCACUGUGUGAGUCUAGCAUUGGAGCAUAAAACACUUUCAUUGACAAACUGUUUUAAACUACAGAUGUUUCUUAGUAGGUGUUUUACUAUACAUGUACAGAAUGUACGCAUCACAGCCGGCACAGUUCCAGAAGAACUUUGGCUUCUGCAGAGCUCCCAAUACCUCAUGUGGAUAAAGAGGAAUAAAAGUCUGCCAUUUUAUACAUCCAUUGCUCCAUACUUUUGUGUUAAGGUCAAGCAAAAGGAAAGGAUUUUAAGUGGUAUAUCCGAUUAAGCCGUGAUUCAUUUUUACCUGAGUUGGAGAUAAGUGUGAUCUGAAUGUGUUGAGUCUUUGAAGUGCAUUUCAUGGAUUUGAGAGGUUUUACCUGGCAUGUGGUGUCUGCUUUGUUUUGUUGCAUACGACCAAACUAUUAUGGUUUGCGUAUUGAGAAUAGAGUUUCUGGAUCAGCAUUUAAAGGCCUUUCUUAAUUUUAGACCCAAAUUCCUCCUCAAGUCCCUUACCACCUGCAAUCUCCCUCCUGCUUUUGCUGAAUCUGAGCAAUCCCAAGAGGGAUUAUGGUGCUACAAGCAGCUGUGCUUGCUGUUUUAAUGUUUGUUUUUCUAUUACUACUAUUUUAUUUGAAAUAAAAUCUCCUGAAUCUUGUUAUUGGUGACUGUACCAAUGCCUUGCUGUUGUGAGAUAUCAUAUUAUCAUCCCCUGGCCUUCUGCACAUUUUUAAUAUCUUAGCUAUGAAUAAAUGAGUUUGGAUCAGAAGCUAGAAUGUAGGUUGUUAAAGGGGAAAAAAAUAGUGUUUUAAUAAGUUUUUUUCUUGUUUUUAACAUUUUAGAUGCCUUGAGGAUUUUUCAUUUUAUUUAAAAAAAAAUUUUUGUUCAGUUUCUAAUCAAACCCUUUAGUUGAGUACACAAAACUUUGUUUUUACCUUAAUCUGCAUAAUUUUUCAUUUCUUUUACAGCGUGGUUUAAGUGCUGUCCAGCGUUCUAAUAAUCGUUCGUCACAAAAAUGACAUGUGAUAUGUGUGUGUUUGUAUCCAGGAAACUGUUUUAUGUAGCGGUGACAGGCCUCAGACUCCAAGUCGCACGUUAAAGUAAAUACUAUACAUGUAAGAACGUUUUUAUAAGAGGCAAAGAAUUCACUCUAUACAAUUGCCUUUAGCUGAGGUUAUAUAAAAAUUUAUGUAUUUUAACUGAAAAGUUGUCAAUAAGAAUGUUGAUAGACAUAGCACUAAAUAAGUCACAAUCAGACUUAUUUUUGUUUCCUGUUUUGCUUUUGUUUUUUCCUUUUAUUGAGCUGAAUUCUAGAGACACACAAGUGAGGUUAUUCACUCAACUGGAAAUUCUGAAAUUUUUUUUAACUUUAUGCCAAAUAGCAGGGUUUACUUUUAAAUCUUUUGCUACUAGACUGGCCUGAAAGUGUCGCAGCAAGUCAGGAGAGUCCGUGGCACAGUUUUUCUUGCCUGGGCUGAAUUUUCAUUAGCCAACAGCUAAUGGGUGAGUGGAAAUUUUAAGCAUUGCCAAUAGUUAUUAGGGAACUUUUUCAAAACUUUUUCUGUUUUGGGCCUGCAAUUAAUUUGGAAUUCCCUUUACACUUCACUACAAAUUCAGUUUUGCUGAAUAACUAAAUAAGGCAAGUGUACAGACAAAAAGGUAGCGCUAUACAAAGUUGCAUACAGUUAGUCGAAGCUUGGGACAUACACAGAUGCAAGCACAUAGAAAAGCACACAAAAAAGUCUAAGCACUAACAGUCACUUUAAUGCUGUGCAUCAGAAUUACACAGUGACCGCUUUACUGCAUGGAAAAGUGUAUUGAAUAAAGAGCAAAUUACUGGAUUCAUUGCCUUGACACACAUACGCAGUGCGUGUAGUGCUGAUCCAGAACGUUUUUAAUUUUUUUAUAUUUAAAAUGUAAUUCAAUAGUUUUUAAAAUAAAAUUUUCUUGCUACAGCUUUUUCCACCAACAAAUAGCUCAUCUGCUUUUCGAUUUGAGCGCUAGCUUUUAAUCACAGGCAGAGAUAAUCCAUGAUAAAGUCAGGUACAGAAUAAGCCAUGCCAGAUGCAAAACCAUUCAGUUUUUUCAAACAAGUGCAUAAACAAAAAGUUAUAUUCUAACAUCAAAUAGAGUGACAUUGUAUACCUAAAUGAGGUGGGGGGGGGGGGACCAAUGGUUCAGAUCUAGUAUCUGCCUGUGCUAGGACGAUUGAAGGUAUUCUUUGUAUAUUUUUUCUUUUUUGUAGGACAUCUAGAUAAAAAGGGAUGCCACUGACACAAAAUGUGCUAGAAUGCAUCAGGGCGCCGUGGAAAGAGUCAUAUCGAUUGUCAUUUUUGUUUUUUUGGUUAUUUUUCAUAAAUACAUAUGUAUUGCUUUGUCUAAACCCCAUCCUUCCAUUAGACCAUAGCUUUUCUCCAAUGACUCAUUUUGAACAGGAAAGACGUAAGCUCUAGAGCUAUGUAUUUACCAUGGUCUGUGUUUUCCUUUAAAAAGUAUCACGGUAUGAGUUUAUGGGAAAUGAAUAGAAACAUAAUGAUCCUCGGUUUGUUUUUUUCUCUAUUUUUUAUUUUAUUUUUAUGAAUGGUGUCUAUAAUGCAUUCAAAAAUCUGAGUCAUAAGUCUGCUAUGGAGUGUCCUUUUAAGGUAAAGGUUCAUAAUCCGGACCCAAAUUAUGUACACAAUAUAAACUAGGUGGCCCAUUUUUUUAUUUUAAAAGUUUACCCUAUGCACAAUGACCACUUCAUUGAUUUGAUGUGGUCAUGGUGCCUGGAGUCUCUAUGUGCAGUGUUAGACUUUGCAAAUACAGAGGCUAACCACUCUACCACCAGAGUUAUAACUCUACCUCUGGCAUCGUCACAGGGGUGUCAUCAGCCAGCACGAAACGAGUUACGAGGUGGCUGUCAGUUCUGUGCAGUGAAUGACUGUCAGUGGCUGACAGCUCUCAGCCAACAAAUGGCAACCAUCGUGACAUAGACAGAUAUUUUUCCAAAGCCAAAACAGAUCCAGGUUAUUGGCUGUCGGCAAUCACACCCCUAUUGCUCACAGACAAUAAAUGCUGGGAUUACUGAGAUCCCAGCAUGUACAGUACUGUUACUGAUAUUAGAGUGACUGCUGAUGACAAUCACACUCCUAUUACUCUCAUGCAGCCACUACAUUACAGUAGAUUAUCCACUGUCUCACUCACCUAUAAGCUGACCUCCACAUGUGGGGACUCACUGGGAAGGUGGCCGUGGCACCUCAUUGGCUGGCAGCUGGAGUUUCUAGAUGAGGAAGUAAUGCUUUAGUUUCCUCUUACCUGGUUAGCUGUGUGACUGUGUAAUAACUUUAUCACGUUUUAUUAUAAUUAUUACAGGGCAUUCUACAAAGAAAGCUGUACCUCCUGGGUUUCCUAUAGGUAUACUGUCACUUUAUUUGAUGAGUUACCAAGUUGGGGGGAGGGGGGAGUUUAUCCCUCAAAAUAUUUAUUUGAAAAUCAGAAUUUAGCUUGAAAAUGCCAGGGCAGGACAAUUGGUGAUUCAUUAUACUUACAUUACUGUGAAGCCUAGAUUUCAGGAAUGGAGUAAAUUGUGCAGUACACAAAAACUAUUAUUAUUAUUAUAUAUAUCACAAUCUAGCAUAAAGUAAAUGCACGAAUAACUGCAUUGUGUAUCCUAGUAUGGAAGGUAUUGGUAAGCUGUUGUAUUGUGCUCGGUAAAUAGUACUUGGCAAAGCAACAGAAAAUUCAUUAUUCAAAGUAAAUCUUGUCUUUCGAUUUUUACAAACAUUAGCUGAAUUAGAUCAUUUGGUGCUAUUUGAUGUGUUAUGCGGACAAGAGGGCCUUAGCAGAGAGGAAAUGCAUAUUCUCCGUAUAGUAUCUUGUUUGUAACGCCACAUACAAUGGUGCUAUAUCUGGCUCUGGAAUAGUGAAGCUUUCUGCAACGUUUCUUCAUCUUGCUGCCUGUGUGAUAAGGGGAUGAUGGGGCAGCUAUUGUUUGUCAAUUGAUGUAAAAAACACUCUUAUGUCACAUUGAGUUUUCGAUUUGUGUUUUGUUUUUUAAUUUUUCACUGUUUUUGUUUUUUUUAACUGUUUUAUUUCUCUGUGUAAGUAGUUAUUUUUUAUUUUUGCAUUUUCUCACUAAUGGAAGGGAAUAUUUCCCAUUCUGUGAUUAUGUACUGUAAUUCUUUGUAUAUAGAAGAAAACAAUACUGUAAAGUUUAACUUUUCUCUGGUCUCUUGUUUGUAUUGGCUCCUUAAAAUGCUGUCUGUGUCUGUGAGUGAUGUGAGGAGUUGCAG